CAUCCAGUCUGGAGUUGAACAUUGAAGAAAACGGCAGCAAAGCCAAAAACUGCUCCUCAAAUAGAAAACAAAAAAAUAUAUAGAGAAGCGUGAAUUCAGAAGGGACUGUGUGUGAACAUUAAAAGGAAUCCAAUCAGACACACACACACACACACACAUACACAAACACAGACACUGACACACACGUACACACACACACACACACACAGCCCUCGCACACACCCUUGCACUCGUUGUAGUAGCUUAUAUAAAAAAAAUAAGAAAAGAAUAACGUCCCAAGGAAAAAUCGAUAAAAGUGCAUUUAAAAUUCAAGAAGUCAGUCUUUUAGUCCAAUUGUUCAGUCAAGUGAAAAAGUGCAAAAUCGAGAGAGAAGUUUUUUUUCAGUGAACACAAAAUAUGACUAAUCAGUGACGACAUAGCACGAGAGCCGCUUACACAAUUUCUCUAUACUAUAUAAUAUAUAACCAUAUAUAUUUAUAUAGACUGAAGGAAAAGUUAACUCAAUUUUAAGGACAUUUUGCAUUCUGGCAAAAUGGUCACAGAGACUGCUGCUCAGGGCGAUGGCAACACAUCAUUUCUGCGUGCUGCUCGCGCUGGAAAUUUGGAGCGCGUUUUGGAGCAUUUGAAGAACAACAUUGACAUAAAUACCAGCAAUGCGAAUGGGCUAAAUGCUCUGCAUCUGGCUUCCAAGGAUGGACACAUACACGUUGUCUCGGAGCUAUUGCGUCGCGGAGCCAUUGUGGAUAGUGCAACAAAGAAGGGGAAUACUGCUUUGCACAUUGCAUCGCUGGCCGGGCAAGAGGAGGUGGUUAAAUUGCUGCUAGAGCACAAUGCUUCCGUCAAUGUGCAGUCACAGAAUGGAUUUACGCCACUGUAUAUGGCCGCUCAGGAGAAUCAUGAUGCUGUAGUGCGUCUUCUACUAGCAAAUGGAGCCAAUCAAAGCCUGGCGACUGAAGAUGGCUUUACACCAUUGGCAGUGGCUAUGCAGCAGGGCCACGAUAAGGUUGUCGCUGUACUCCUCGAGAGUGACACGCGUGGCAAGGUCCGUUUGCCUGCUCUACAUAUUGCAGCCAAAAAGGAUGAUGUUAAGGCAGCAACUCUACUAUUGGAUAACGAUCACAAUCCGGAUGUAACUUCCAAGUCAGGAUUCACACCCCUGCACAUUGCCUCGCAUUAUGGCAAUCAAAAUAUCGCCAAUUUGCUGAUUCAAAAGGGAGCCGAUGUCAACUAUUCGGCAAAGCAUAAUAUCAGUCCACUUCAUGUGGCUGCCAAAUGGGGAAAGACCAAUAUGGUUUCCCUACUGCUGGAGAAGGGCGGCAACAUUGAGGCUAAGACACGGGAUGGCCUAACCCCGUUGCAUUGUGCCGCUCGAUCGGGUCAUGAACAGGUCGUAGAUAUGCUUUUAGAGCGCGGUGCUCCCAUCAGUGCCAAGACCAAAAAUGGACUUGCGCCCCUACAUAUGGCAGCCCAGGGUGAGCAUGUGGAUGCCGCUCGCAUCUUACUAUAUCAUCGUGCACCGGUGGAUGAGGUGACCGUGGAUUAUCUGACUGCCUUGCAUGUGGCUGCCCAUUGCGGACAUGUUCGGGUGGCCAAAUUGCUGCUCGAUCGCAAUGCCGAUGCCAAUGCGAGGGCUCUCAACGGUUUUACUCCGCUGCAUAUUGCCUGCAAGAAGAAUCGCUUGAAGGUAGUGGAACUGUUGCUGCGUCAUGGAGCCAGCAUUAGUGCCACCACAGAGAGUGGUCUGACGCCUUUGCAUGUGGCUGCCUUUAUGGGAUGCAUGAAUAUAGUCAUCUAUUUGCUGCAACACGAUGCCAGUCCCGAUGUGCCCACUGUGCGUGGCGAGACGCCUUUGCAUUUGGCAGCUAGAGCCAAUCAGACCGACAUUAUACGCAUUUUGUUGCGCAACGGUGCCCAAGUGGAUGCCCGGGCACGGGAACAGCAGACACCAUUGCAUAUUGCCUCGAGAUUGGGUAAUGUUGAUAUUGUCAUGCUGCUACUACAGCAUGGGGCACAAGUGGAUGCCACCACCAAGGAUAUGUAUACGGCUUUGCAUAUUGCCGCCAAGGAGGGUCAGGAUGAGGUGGCCGCUGUAUUGAUUGAAAACGGGGCCGCUUUGGAUGCAGCCACCAAGAAAGGAUUCACUCCAUUGCAUUUGACAGCAAAAUAUGGUCACAUUAAGGUUGCCCAAUUGCUGCUGCAAAAGGAAGCAGAUGUCGAUGCUCAGGGUAAGAAUGGUGUGACCCCAUUGCAUGUCGCCUGCCAUUAUAAUAACCAGCAGGUGGCAUUACUCCUCCUCGAGAAGGGGGCCAGUCCGCAUGCCAUUGCCAAGAAUGGACACACUUCACUUCAUAUUGCGGCACGCAAAAAUCAAAUGGAUAUUGCCACUACAUUGCUGGAAUAUGGCGCCCAGGCCAAUGCCGAAAGCAAGGCCGGUUUUACACCCCUCCAUUUGAGCAGUCAGGAAGGACAUGCUGAAAUCUCGAAUCUCUUAAUCGAGCACAAGGCAGCUGUCAAUCAUCCGGCCAAAAAUGGCCUUACACCCAUGCAUCUGUGCGCCCAAGAGGAUAAUGUGAAUGUGGCCGAAAUAUUGCAACGUAAUGGAGCCAAUAUCGACAUGGCCACCAAGGCUGGGUAUACCCCACUGCAUGUUGCCUCCCAUUUCGGUCAGGCCAAUAUGGUGCGUUUCCUACUACAGAAUGGAGCCAAUGUCGAUGUGGCCACCUCAAUUGGCUAUACGCCAUUGCAUCAGACAGCCCAGCAGGGACAUUGUCAUAUUGUUAACUUACUUCUGGAGCAUAAGGCCAAUGCCAAUGCUCAGACAGUCAAUGGUCAGACGCCAUUGCAUAUUGCCCGCAAAUUGGGCUACAUUAGUGUCUUGGAUUCAUUAAAAUCCAUUACCAAAGAGGAUGACGCAGCAGCCCCAACAACACAAACCGAAGAGAAAUAUCGUGUUGUGGCACCCGAGGCCAUGCAUGAAUCCUUCAUGUCAGACUCCGAAGAAGAGGGCGGCGAAGAUAAUAUGCUAUCAGAUCAACCUUAUCGUUAUCUGACCGUUGAUGAAAUGAAAUCCCUAGGCGAUGACUCGCUACCCAUUGAUGUAACCCGCGACGAGCGUAUGGAUUCAAAUCGUAUGACCCAUAGUGCUGAAUAUGCUACCGGUGUACCACCGACCAUCGGUGAGGAAAUUGUUAGUCCACACAAGGCUCAGGUGUAUGGCAAUUCGCCCAAGGCCACCGUCGACAGUGUCUAUAUAGCCAAUGGAUCUAGCCACGAAGAUCCACCACACGUGGGUCGCAAACUAAGCUGGAAAAGCUUCUUGGUCUCCUUCCUGGUGGACGCCCGAGGCGGAGCCAUGCGUGGUUGCCGUCACAGUGGUGUUAGGAUGAUAAUUCCAUCACGUUCCACCUGCCAACCAACUAGGGUGACUUGCCGGUAUGUGAAACCGCAACGGACCAUGCAUCCGCCCCAGCUGAUGGAGGGUGAGGCUCUGGCCAGUCGUGUCCUCGAGUUGGGUCCAUGCUCGACCAAAUUCAUUGGGCCCGUUGUCAUGGAGGUGCCACAUUUUGCCUCAUUACGUGGCAAGGAACGGGAAAUAAUUAUCUUGCGUUCGGAUAAUGGCGAAACUUGGCGUGAACACACAAUUGACAAUUCAGAGGAGAUCAUACACGAUGUGAUGCAGCAAUGCUUUGAGCCAGAAGAAAUCGCUCAAUUGGAAGAACAGGCUGGCAAUCAUGUCUGCCGAUUUGUUACCUAUGACUUCCCGCAAUACUUUGCAGUAGUAUCACGUAUACGACAGGAAGUCCAUGCCAUUGGACCCGAAGGCGGCAUGGUGUCCAGCACGGUGGUACCACAGGUGCAGGCCGUUUUCCCCCAGGGAGCACUUACCAAGAAAAUCAAAGUCGGCCUACAGGCCCAACCGGUCGAUCCCGAUCUAACUGCUAAGCUACUGGGUCGCGGUGUCGCCGUAUCGCCAAUUGUUACGGUGGAGCCACGUCGUCGUAAAUUCCAUAAGGCCAUUACCUUAAGUAUGCCCGCACCGAAGGCUCAUAGCCAGGGUAUGAUUAAUCAGUAUUCGGGCAAUACGCCAACUCUACGUUUGCUGUGUUCGAUAACAGGCGGACCAUCUCGAGCCCAAUGGGAAGACGUUACCGGCUCCACUCCCCUGACCUUUGUUAACGAUUGUGUCUCCUUUACGACAACCGUUUCGGCACGUUUCUGGUUAAUGGAUUGUCGAAACAUUUCGGAUGCCACCAAAAUGGCCACCGAACUAUACAAGGAAGUAAUUCACGUGCCUUUCAUAGCCAAAUUUGUGGUGUUUGCCAAAAAAAUUGAACCAUUCGAGGCACGUUUGCGUGUCUUUUGUAUGACUGAUGAUCGCGAGGAUAAAACACUCGAGAAACAUGAGCUUUAUACCGAAGUGGCCAAGAGUCGAGAUGUCGAGGUGCUGGAGGGUAAGCCACAGUAUAUUGAAAUGGCUGGCAAUUUGGUGCCCGUCACCAAAUCGGGUGAUCAACUGCAGUUGCAGUUCAAAGCCUUCCGCGAGAAUCGUUUACCCUUCACGGUGCGUGUGAAAGAUCAGCAUGCUGAUAUUGUUGGUCGCACCUUGUUUAUGAAAGAGCCCAAAGUAGCUAAGGGAGAGCCGCCACAACAACCCAUCUGCAUAUUGAAUAUUGUAUUGCCUGAGGCAAUAAUUCCCGAUUCGGUUACCUGCUCUGCGUAUAGAACCUCAAUGUUCAGUUUGAGUAAACAUCAGAAUGAUCAUUAUAUUGGCGAUAUACGUAUUGUUGAUUUAUCCAACUUAUUGGGCAAAGACUGGAUACAAUUGGCCCCAGAAAUUGGCAUUAACGCGGAUGAAAUAGAUGAGAUAAUCAAUCAGAAUACAGAUAGUAUUGCCAGACAGGCACAAAGUAUGAUUCGACUGUAUAAAGAUAAGCCCAACUAUGAUAUUCUGGCUCUUGAGUCGGCCCUUAAGAACAUUGGACGCGAUGACAUUAUGAAGAAAUGCAAGAGUGGGCGUCUCUCACAUUCACGCGAGUUCGAUGACACGGACAUCAUGAAAAACUCGGAGUCUGUGGAGGAGCUGGUUCGCAGAGAAAGCAAGCGAAUACAGCAAAUCAAUGAACGCGAGGAAGUCAAAUACUCUGCUGAGGAGAAGGAAGUCGAAGAGUCUGAGUCCGAUGAGGAGCAAGCCAAGCGCACUGUGGCCGAAAGACGCGAGAAAAUUGUUAAACGUCUUUCAAUGGAGCGUUCCAUACCUGCCUCAACACAAAAGAAAGAAAUCACCAAGGAAAUAACCGAAAUCAAACGGAAGAGUCUAAUUGAGGAUAAAAAGGCUAUACAUGAAUCGGAAAUUUUAAUGCAAUUACCCGCUGAUAAUGUUAUUAUUAAGGGUGCGACUGUGCCCGAGCAGGUGAUUAAAAUGAAAAUGGGUAAAAUGGACUCCAUGGAUGUGAGCAAGAGCGAAUUUGAUAAAGAAUUAACUCACAAGUUCAGAUCAUCUGGGCGAAGUUCUGAGGAGGAGGAGAUAUCCACAACCGACAAAGUCGACAAAAUAGUACAGGAUAUAAGUACGGCUGAAAAAAACGAGAAAAAGGAUGGAGUUACCAGUAGUAGAGUAACGAGUAUUACACGUCAAGAAGCUCGCGAUAUGACUGAAGACUUUUUGGAAAUGGAAAAACGCAGCCAAUUGCCUGCUGUGCCUUCCACCGAGACAGUAAUUCACGAGAAGUUUGUGGAGGAGGUGAAAGAGAAGGAGAAGACAAGUCCCAUGGCCUCUGUUCCGCAGGAAACUAUUAAAGAGGUUGAACAAGUUAUUAGUGUGGUAACCGAAAUGGCUAGCAAAAAGGUGGAAAACAUUAUAAGCUCUUUUGAAAGUGGCAAAAGAGAGGAGUCGCAUGAAGUACAAGAAGAGAAGCUGGCGUCAAAGGGUACAACAACGAAGGCCACUGAGGCCAACAAACAUUCGGAGGAUGUGAAAUCACAGAUUUCUCAAGAGCAGGUCAAAACAGUAGAACAUAUUGAGACCACAACAAUAGAGGAAAAAAUAGCUGACUUCGAGGCCAAAAAGGUUAAAUAUGAUUUCCAUGGUGGCGAGCCAAAGACUCAAAUACCCAAGCUUGUGAAAAAGCAAAGCGAGGAGCCCCUUAAGCCUACUGCAGCUCCACGAACAGUCGUUGAACCGGAAAUCGAAAAGCCAGAGAAAGCAGCAUCCAAAAUACCUGUCAAAAGCCAAGGUGCUACCGAAGUUCCAAAGAUCGGUGAAUUAGAGACACGAAAAUUGACACAAGAAUUUCUGCAGGGUGAACAGCUAGCAGCUGAGUCUAAGCCCACACCAGCAGCCAGUAAAAUUCCCAAAGUCGAACCAAGAAAAUCCUCAGAGAAAUUAAUUGAGAAGGAAACGAAAAUCUUGGAUGAAGUAAUUGCUUCUACUGCCACCAUAAUGACAGCUGGUCUAGCCAAUGAACUGCCAGAUGAGAAGAUCACCAAACAGCCCACAGAAAUCGCAGCCAAAGCUGAGGUGGUAACUGAAAAGCUUGGUGAUUUAAUUGAUACAUUCCAGCACAUCGAGGAGAAGGUGAUCACAACUGAAAAAUCUACUGCUGACGCCAUCAAGGCAGACGAAGUGGCCGGAAAGGUUGCUGGAGUUGUCGAGACAUUCCAUAAAAUCGAAGAGCGAAUAACCACCGCUGAUACAAGAGCAAUGACACAUGAUUUCCUAGCCAUGGAACAGCAGAGUCAACUACCAUCCAUGCCACAACAUACCAAGGAGCAGCUUAUCCAAUCCAGUCAAACAUCAUUAACAGCUUCGGAGCCGGAAUCUGUGAUCUCGGUAACCAAGCCUGUACCUCCAGCGAGUAAAAUACCAAUUGUCGAAACCAAAAAGGCUCCAACUGAAGAAUCAAUGUUGCCCAAAGCAAGUGAGCCAGUUCCCAAAGAGAAAGAUGCAGUCCAACCAUUGGAUAAGCUUCAACUCACUGCUGAUUUCCUAAGCAUGGAGCAACAGACUCAAUUGCAAUCUCAUCCAACAAAAGAGCUUAUUUCAACCAAAGAAUUCGACACAAUUCUGGAUGCAAAAGAUGUUAAAGCAGAUCCAAAAAAAACACAGCAACAACAAAUCCAAGAUGAUGGCAUUGAGUUGGCUGCACCAAUUGGCGAAGCAUCGCCGUUUACUACACGCAAGUUAACUUCUGAUUUCCUAGCUAAGGAACAACAAAGUCAACUCAAUCCAAGCAGCGCUCCAAGUGCGUUAAUCAAAGAUGAUGGACUCUGUCCGCCGAUCUCCAUUGAGCCACGUAAGUCGCUGACCGAUGCAGAGUUCUGCAAAUCGGUGGGCGAGACAAUCACAAAAAAAAUGAGCGAGGGUCUAAUUGAAAUAACCGAUGAGCUCAAGCAAAUAACGAGCGACAUUCCACAUUCCCAGACACCGCCGCCCACACCAAGUGACACAAAAGUUGAGAAACAGACAGAAGAGGCUACCCCACUCAUUAGCUUGGAGACAGAUUAUCUAGCCGAUACUGUGACAACUUUGCACUCUACCACAGAGUCAAGUUUGGAGCGUGUCUCUGCCAUUUCCAUAGUUGAGCACUGCAGUGUUCAUAAUGUAAAACCAGAAAUAUUUACAAGUACAGAUGAAACUGAUAAGCUGCUUCAUAAAAUGGCAGCUCCUCCCGAAGUCCCGAUAUCACAAUACUCACAAGACACUACCUCAUUUCCAGAAAUGAGUACAAGUAGUCAAACUGCGAAGACGAUAACGACUACCACAAUGACCACAACUUUGACAACAACUCAUACUAAAAUUGACUUACGCCAUCCAGAGUCAGGAUCUCAAGAAACAGCAGAUCCAGAGUCAACAGUUGACGCUGAUAUACAGGCAGAAGGUGAAACUGCAAGCGAUAGCGAGUACUUAGAGCAGAUAAUGAGCUGUGGUGUUGUUAGACGCAACAUUAUACGCUUAGAGAGUAAUAGCAGUACAGAGCAAACGGAGCCAAGUAGCGCACCAAAAUAUAUUGGAGAUAAUGUUCCGGUGGUCAAGGAGGUGGUGCAGAGCAUUGAGGAUAAAAUUUGCGGUUCGGUGGUAUCGGCCGUUCCAUUUGUAGUGCAGAAGCGGCCCCUAAAUGAUGACAUGGAAGAAUCUGAUAUUGUAGAACUAGAGAAACAGAUUUUAUCAAAGACAGAUUUGACAUUGCAAGGUAUGAUUAAAUAUGAGCCACCCGCUCAGGUCAUAACAUUGUCACCCAUCGAGGCCAUAGAACGUAGUAAAAUAGAUUUGGAGGAGAUUCAGGAAGAAGUCUGUGAAAAAAUUUGUGAGAAGCGUAAAUCGUUUAUAGUGGCACAAGACUUAAGUGAAACGGAUAAGACUUUUGCAGAGCAGGUUAUAGAUUUAGAUAGGCAAGUAGAACAGGUACCUGGAUCGAUUUUAACUAAAAGUAUUGAUGAGCACAAAGACUUAGUUAGUAAGGAUACAUUGGAAACAUUGCCAAAGGUAAGGGAAGUUGUACAGGAUAUUGAACGUAGAUAUCCAACAGCGAGCUUAGAGGCCAAGCCAUUUAGUCCGCGAAAACGCGAUGCACAUGAUCGAAAGGUUGAUGUUUUAACCAUAGAGCAGCAGAUUUUAAGUGAAACCGAUUUGAUUUUAGAUAAUUUAAACACUCUAAGGCAUAUUCCAGAGCAAAAAAUAGUUUCUCCUGUUUUAUCAGGAUCUCAGCCGGGCAACAGUUUUGAAAACCUUGAAGAUGCUUGUGAAAAGAAAUGCUCAAAGCGCCUUAUCUCGAAUAUGGCAGAGGUUUUUGAAAAGCAGCCGGACACAGAGACGAAAUCGGUAGCCGAUGUUACGAAAUCUAAAACAGCAAAGUUCCUAGAGUACGAAGUAGGAGACUAUAACGUUUUAAGGACUAUAAAAGAAUUUGAGUCCGAUAAAAUUGUAGACAGUCAAAUUAACCGGCAAACGGAAUGUGAUAAGGAAGAAUUUCCAAUAGAAUCAAGUCGGAAUAAUAUGCACAAAGGUUUUCCUAAAGUUUCACAUACUAUUGAACAAUUGCAUUCAAUUUCUAAAUCUGAUAUUCAAGAAACAAGAGAAUUUGUACACGUAGCCAAAGAAUAUGAGGAAAAGCUAAGUGAACUAGUGUUUGAUAAUUCAACUAAAAAGCCGCAAAAGAUAUCUGACCAUUUUUCCACACACAAAAACCCAGACCUAUUGCACGACACUAAAUCCGACGAGCUUCAAUCCCACCAUGAAUCGGUCUCUAAGACCAUUGAUACCCCAUUACAAGCUAAGAAAGAAAUAGUCAAAUUUCCAUCUGACAAUAAAACAAAACCACAAUUAAGAUCACAAGAAAGUGAAAGUGAAGACGAGCUUGACCAUAUAGAAAAAUUGACAAAAAUAAAAAAUUUAGCAGAGACACAUCAAAAGCAUAAAAUAGUUGUUACCAAACAAAAAGAAAUUGAGGUAAAACACACAGGGAAAUUUCCGACAUCGCCCAAAAAACAGAUUGAUUCGUCAGCUAAAGGUCUCACUGAUAGUAGUGAUGAAGAGUUCGGCAUUACGCAAGACAAAUUCAUACAAUCCAUUUCUUUAGGUCAACAAUCUUUACAUAAAAGUGACUAUAGUAAGACAAUCGGCAACGAUGAGAGCGAUAAAGAAUUACGGAUUUCCAAACCUGUUGAAAAGCCUAUGCCGCCCAUUUCAUCGGCAAUAACUCCUGUCAUUUCUGGAGACAAAUCUCCGCCUAAGAUAGAAGAUAAACCGAACGACGAUAAAACUCCCCUUAAGUCAGAAGAGAAAUCGAAAUCUCCUAUUGACGCGACAAAACAAACUCCAAAAGACUAUUCAGGCGAUGUGAGUGAUAAAAAAUUUGUCAUUCCCAAGCCCCAAGAUAAGCCACUAGAAUCUUUCAAAACAGACUUUAGUUCUAUAACCACAGAUGUCACAACGACUAGUCAAGUGUUCGACACAAAGCAAACGCUUAUUACCAGCACAGUUACUGAACUAAGAGAAGAAAAAGCUCCAGUUGAAGCAGAAGACAAACCCAAAUCACCUAUUGAUACAAUAAAAUCAAUUGCAAAAGACUAUUCAGAUGAUGAGAGUGAUGAAGAAUUCGGUAUUCCAAAACCCGUUGAAAAGCCUAUUCAGCCCAUUCCAUCGGCAAUAACUCCUGUCAUUCCUGGAGACAAAUCUCCUCUUAAGACAGACGAUAAACCGAAAGACGAUAAAACUCCUCUUAAAACAGAAGAGAAACCGAAAUCUCCUAUUGACGCAACAAAACCAACUCCCAAAGACUUUUCAGAUGAUGAGAGGGAUGAAGAAUUCGGUUUUCCAAAACCCGUUGAAAAGCCGAUUCAGCCCAUUCCAUUUGCAAUAACUCCUGUCAUUCCUGGAGACAAAUCUGCUCUUAAGACAGACGAUAAACCGCAAGACGAUAAAACUCUCAUUAAGUCUGAAGAGAAACCGAAAUCUUCUAUUGACGCAAUAAAACAAACUCCCAAAGACUAUUCAGGCGAUGUGAGUGAUAAAAAAUUUGUCAUUCCCAAGCCCCAAGAUAAGCCAGUAGAAUCUUUCAAAACAGACUUUAGUUCUAUAACCACAGAUGUCACAACGACUAGUCAAGUGUUCGACACAAAGCAAACGCUUAUUACCAGCACAGUUACUGAACUAAGAGAAGAAAAAGCUCCAGUUAAGGCAGAAGAUAAACCGAAAGACGAUAAAACUCCCCUUAAAACAGAAGAGAAACCGAAAUCUCCUAUUGUCGCAACAAAACAAACUCCCAAAGACUAUUUAGACGAUGAAAGUGAUGAAGAAUUUGUAAUUUCCACGCCCCAAGAUAAGCCAGUAGACCCUUUUAAAACAGACUUUAGUUCUACAACCACAGAUGUCACAACGACUAGUCAAGUGUUCGACACAAAGCAAACGCUUAUUACCAGCACAGUUACUGAACUAAGAGAAGAAAAAGCUCCAGUUAAGGCAGAAGAAAAACCCAAAUCACCUAUUCAUACAAUAAAAUCAAUUGCAAAAGACUAUUCAGAUGAUGAGAGUGAUGAAGAAUUCGGUAUUCCAAAACCCGUUGAAAAGCCCAUUCAGCCCAUUCCAUCGGCAAUAACUCCUGUCAUUCCUGGAGUCAAAUCUCCUCUUAAGACAGACGAUAAACCGAAAGACGAUAAAACUCCCCUUAAAACAGAAGAGAAACCGAAAUCAUCUAUUGACGCAACAAAACAAACUCCCAAAGACUUUUCAGAUGAUGAGAGGGAUGAAGAAUUCGGUUUUCCAAAACCCGUUGAAAAGCCGAUUCAGCCCAUUCCAUUUGCAAUAACUCCUGUCAUUCCUGGAGACAAAUCUGCUCUUAAGACAGACGAUAAACCGCAAGACGAUAAAACUCUCAUUAAGUCAGAAGAGAAACCGAAAUCUUCUAUUGACGCAAUAAAACAAACUCCCAAAGACUAUUCAGGCGAUGUGAGUGAUAAAAAAUUUGUCAUUCCCAAGCCCCAAGAUAAGCCAGUAGAAUCUUUCAAAACAGACUUUAGUUCUAUAACCACAGAUGUCACAACGACUAGUCAAGUGUUCGACACAAAGCAAACGCUUAUUACCAGCACAGUUACUGAACUAAGAGAAGAAAAAGCUCCAGUUAAGGCAGAAGAAAAACCCAAAUCACCUAUUCAUACAAUAAAAUCAAUUGCAAAAGACUAUUCAGAUGAUGAGAGUGAUAAGGAAUUCGGUAUUCCAAAACCCAUCGAAAAGCCCAUUCAGCCCAUUCCAUCGGCAAUAACUCCGGUUAUUCCUGGAGUCAAAUCUCCUCUUAAGACAGACGAUAAACCAAAAGACGAUACAACUCCCCUUAAGUCAGAAGAGAAACCAAAGUCUCCUAGUGACGUAACAAAACUAGCUCCCAAAAACUAUUCAGAUGAUGAGAGUGAUGAAGAGUUCGGUAUUCCAAAACCCAUUGAAAAGCCCAUUCAGCCCAUUCCAUCGGCAAUAACUCCUGUCAUUCCUGGAGACAAAUCUCCUCUUAAGACAGACGAUAAACCGAAAGACGAUAAAACUCCGGCAAUAACUCCUGUCAUUCCUGGAGUCAAAUCUCCUCUUAAGACAGACGAUAAACCGAAAGACGAUAAAACUCCCCUUAAGUCAGAAGAGAAACCGAAAUCAUCUAUUGACGCUACAAAACAAACUCCCAAAGACUAUUCAGACGAUGAAAGUGAUGAAGAAUUUGUCAAUCCCAAGCCCCAAGAUAAGCCAGUAGAAUCUUUCAAAACAGACUUUAGUUCUACAACCACAGAUGUCACAACAACUAGUCAAGUGUUCGACACAAAGCAAACGCUUAUUACCAGCACAGUUACUGAACUAAGAGAAGAAAAAGCUCCAGUUAAGGCAGAAGAAAAACCCAAAUCACCUAUUCAUACAAUAAAAUCAAUUGCAAAAGACUAUUCAGAUGAUGAGAGUGAUGAAGAAUUCGGUAUUCCAAAACCCGUUGAAAAGCCCAUUCAGCCCAUUCCAUCGGCAAUAACUCCUGUCAUUCCUGGAGACAAAUCUCCUCUUAAGACAGACGAUAAACCGAAAGACGAUAAAACUCCGGCAAUAACUCCUGUCAUUCCUGGAGUCAAAUCUCCUCUUAAGACAGACGAUAAACCGAAAGACGAUAAAACUCCCCUUAAGUCAGAAGAGAAACCGAAAUCAUCUAUUGACGCAACAAAACAAACUCCCAAAGACUAUUCAGACGAUGAAAGUGAUGAAGAAUUUGUCAAUCCCAAGCCCCAAGAUAAGCCAGUAGAAUCUUUCAAAACAGACUUUAGUUCUACAACCACAGAUGUCACAACAACUAGUCAAGUGUCCGACACAAAGCAAACGCUUAUUACCAGCACAGUUACUGAACUAAGAGAAGAAAAAGCUCCAGUUAAGGCAGAAGAAAAACCCAAAUCACCUAUUCAUACAAUAAAAUCAAUUGCAAAAGACUAUUCAGAUGAUGAGAGUGAUGAAGAAUUCGGUAUUCCAAAACCCGUUGAAAAGCCCAUUCAGCCCAUUCCAUCGGCAAUAACUCCUGUCAUUCCUGGAGACAAAUCUCCUCUUAAGACAGACGAUAAACCGAAAGACGAUACAACUCCCCUUAAGUCAGAAGAGAAACCGAUAUCUCCUAUUGAUGCAACAAAACCAGCUCCUAAAGACUAUUCAGAUGAUGAAAGUGCUGAAGAAUUUGUCAAUCCCAAGCCCCAAGAUAAGCCAGUAGAAUCUUUCAAAACAGACUUUAGUUCUAUAACCACAGAUGUCACAACGACUAGUCAAGUGUUCGACACAAAGCAAACGCUUAUUACCAGCACAGUUACUGAACUAAGAGAAGAAAAAGCUCCAGUUAAGGCAGAAGAAAAACCCAAAUUAUCUAUUCAUACAAUAAAAUCAAUUGCAAAAGACUAUUCAGAUGAUGAGAGUGAUGAAGAAUUCGGUAUUCCAAAACCCGUUGAAAAGCCCAUUCAGCCCAUUCCAUCGGCAAUAACUCCUGUCAUUCCUAGAGACAAAUCUCCUCAUAAGACAGACGAUAAACCGAAAGACGAUAAAAGUCUCCUUAAGUCAGAAGAGAAACCGAUAUCUCCUAUUGACGCAACAAAACCAGCUCCUAAAGACUAUUUUGACGAUGAGAGUGAUGAAGAAUUUGUCAAUCCCAAGCCCCAAGAUAAGCCAGUAGAAUCUUUCAAAACAGACAUUAGUUCUACAACCACAGAUGUCACAACGACUAGUCAAGUGUUCGACACAAAGCAAACGCUUAUUACCAGCACAGUUACUGAACUAAGAGAAGAAAAAGCUCCAGUUAAGGCAGAAGAAAAACCCAAAUCACCUAUUCAUACAAUAAAAUCAAUUGCAAAAGACUAUUCAGAUGAUGAGAGUGAUGAAGAAUUCGGUAUUCCAAAACCCGUUGAAAAGCCCAUUCAGCCCAUUCCAUCAGCAAUAACUCCUGUCAUUCCUGGAGUCAAAUCUCCUCUUAAGACAGACGAUAAACCGAAAGACGAUACAACUCCCCUUAAGUCAGAAGAGAAACCAAAGUCUCCUAUUGACGCAACAAAACCAGCUCCUAAAGACUAUUCAGAUGAUGAGAGUGAUGAAGAAUUCGGUAUUCCAAAACCCGUUGAAAAGCCCAUUCAGCCCAUUCAGCCCAUUCCAUCGGCAAUAACUCCUGUUAUUCCUGGAGUCAAAUCUCCUCUUAAGACAGACGAUAAACCCAAAGACGAUACAACUCCCCUUAAGUCAGAAGAGAAACCAAAGUCUCCUAUUGACGCAAAAAAACCAACUCCUGAAGACUAUUCAGAUGAUGAAAGUGAUGAAGAAUUUGUCAAUCCCAAGCCCCAAGAUAAGCCAGUAGAAUCUUUCAAAACAGACAUUAGUUCUACAACCACAGAUGUCACAACGACUAGUCAAGUGUUCGACACAAAGCAAACGCUUAUUACCAGCACAGUUACUGAACUAAGAGAAGAAAAAGCUCCAGUUAAGGCAGAAGAAAAACCCAAAUCACCUAUUCAUACAAUAAAAUCAAUUGCAAAAGACUAUUCAGAUGAUGAGAGUGAUGAAGAAUUCGGUAUUCCAAAACCCGUUGAAAAGCCCAUUCAGCCCAUUCCAUCGGCAAUAACUCCUGUUAUUCCAGGAGACAAAUCUCCUCUGAGGACAGACGAUAAACCGAAAGACGAUACAACUCCCUUUAAGUCAGAAGAGAAACCAAAGUCUCCUAUUGACGCAACAAAACCAACUCCCAAAGACUAUUCAGAUGAUGAGGGUGAUGAAGAAUUCGGUAUUCCAAAACCCGUUGAAAAGCCCAUUCAGCCCAUUCCAUCGGCAAUAACUCCUGUCAUUCCUGGAGACAAAUCUCCUCAUAAGACAGACGAUAAACCGAAAGACGAUAAAACUCCCCUUAAGUCUGAAGAGAAACCGAAAUAUCCUAUUGAUGCAACAAAACAAACUCCCAAAGACUAUUCAGAUGAUGAGAGUGAUGAAGACUUCGGUAUUCCAAAACCCGUUAAAAAGCCCAUUCAGCCCAUUCCAUCGGCAAUAACUCCUGUCAUUCCUGGAGACAAAUCUCCUCUUACGACAGACGAUAAACCGAAAGACGAUAAAACUUCCCUUAAGCCAGAAGAGAAACCGAAAUCUCCUAUUGACGCAACAAAACCAACUCCCAAAGACUAUUCAGAUGAUGAGAGUGAUGAAGACUUCGGUAUUCCAAAACCCGUUGAAAAGCCCAUUCAGCCCAUUCCAUCGGCAAUAACUCCUGUCAUUCCUGGAGUCAAAUCUCCUCUUAAGACAGACGAUAAACCGAAAGACGAUACAAUUCCCCUUAAGUCUGAAGAGAAACCGAAAUCUCCUAUUGAUGCAACAAAACCAACUCCCAAAGACUAUUCAGAUAAUGAGAGUGAUGAAGAAUUCGUUAUUCCGAAACCCGUUGAAAAGCCAAUUCAGCCCAUUCCAUCGGCAAUAGCUCCUGUCAUUCCUGGAGUCAAAUCUCCUCCUAAGACAGACGAUAAACCGAAAGACGAUAAAACUCCCCUUAAGUCAGAAGAGAAACCGAAAUCUCCUAUUGAUGCAACAAAACAAACUCCCAAAGACUAUUCAGAUGAUGAGAGUGAUGAAGAAUUCGGUAUUCCAAAACCCGUUGAAAAGCCCAUUCAGCCCAUUCCAUCGGCAAUAACUCCUGUCAUUCCUGGAGACAAAUCUCCUCUUAAGACAGACGAUAAACCGAAAGACGAUAAAACUCCCCUUAAGUCAGAAGAGAAACCGAAAUCUCCUAUUGAUGCAACAAAACAAACUCCCAAAGACUAUUUUGACGAUGAGAGUGAUGAAGAAUUUGUCAAUCCCAAGCCCCAAGAUAAGCCAGUAGAAUCUUUCAAAACAGACAUUAGUUCUACAACCACAGAUGUCACAACGACUAGUCAAGUGUUCGACACAAAGCAAACGCUUAUUACCAGCACAGUUACUGAACUAAGAGAAGAAAAAGCUCCAGUUAAGGCAGAAGAAAAACCCAAAUCACCUAUUCAUACAAUAAAAUCAAUUGCAAAAGACUAUUCAGAUGAUGAGAGUGAUAAAGAAUUCGGUAUUCCAAAACCCGUUGAAAAGCCCAUUCAGCCCAUUCCAUCGGCAAUAACUCCUGUCAUUCUUGGAGUCAAAUCUCCUCUUAAGACAGACGAUAAACCGAAAGACGACACUACUCCCCUUAAGACAGAAGAGAAACCGAUGUCUCCUAUUGACGCAACAAAACCAACUCUCAAAGACUAUUCAGAUGAUGAGACUGAUGAAGAAUUCGGUAUUCCAAAACCCGUUGAAAAGCCCAUUCAGCCCAUUCCAUCGGCAAUAACUCCUGUCAUUCCUGGAGUCAAAUCUCCUCUUAAGACAGACGAUAAACCGAAAGACGAUAAAACUCCCUUUAAGUCAGAAGAGAAACCAAAGUCUCCUAUUGACGCAACAAAACCAACUCCCAAAGACUAUUCAGAUGAUGAGAGUGAUGAAGAAUUCGUUAUUCCAAAACCCGUUGAAAAGCCCAUUCAGCCCAUUCCAUCGGCAAUAAGUCCUGUCAUUCCUGGAGUCAAAUCUCCUCUUAAGACAGACGAUAAACCGAAAGACGACACUACUCCCCUUAAGACAGAAGAGAAACCAAAGUCUCCUAUUGACGCAACAAAACCAACUCGCAAAGACUAUUCAGAUGAUGAGAGUGAAGAAGAAUUCGGUAUUCCAAAACCCGUUGAAAAGCCCAUUCAGCCCAUUCCAUCGGCAAUAACUCCUGUCAUUCCUGGAGUCAAAUCUCCUCUUAAGACAGACGAUAAACCGAAAGACGACACUACUCCCCUUAAGACAGAAGAGAAACCAAAGUCUCCUAUUGACGCAACAAAACCAACUCGCAAAGACUAUUCAGAUGAUGAGAGUGAAGAAGAAUUCGGUAUUCCAAAACCCGUUGAAAAGCCCAUUCAGCCCAUUCCAUCGGCAAUAACUCCUGUCAUUCCUGGAGUCAAAUCUCCUCUUAAGACAGACGAUAAACCGAAAGACGAUAAAACUCCCCUUAAGUCAGAAGAGAAACCGAAAUCUCCUAUUGACGCAACAAAACAAACUCCCAAAGACUAUUUUGACGAUGAGAGUGAUGAAGAAUUUGUCAAUCCCAAGCCCCAAGAUAAGCCAGUAGAAUCUUUCAAAACAGACAUUAGUUCUACAACCACAGAUGUCACAACGACUAGUCAAGUGUUCGACACAAAGCAAACGCUUAUUACCAGCACAGUUACUGAACUAAGAGAAGAAAAAGCUCCAGUUAAGGCAGAAGAAAAACCCAAAUCACCUAUUCAUACAAUAAAAUCAAUUGCAAAAGACUAUUCAGAUGAUGAGAGUGAUGAAGAAUUCGAUAUUCCAAAACCCGUUGAAAAGCCCAUUCAGCCCAUGCCAUCGGCAAUAACUCCUGUCAUUCCUGGAGUCAAAUCUCCUCUUAAGACAGAAGAUAAACCGAAAGACGAUACAAUUCCCCUUAAGUCUGAAGAGAAACCGAAAUCUCCUAUUGAUGCAACAAAACCAACUCCCAAAGACUAUUCAGAUGAUGAGAGUGAUGAAGAAUUCGGUAUUCCAAAACCCGUUGAAAAGCCCAUUCAGCCCAUUCAGCCCAUUCCAUCGGCAAUAACUCCUGUCAUUCCUGGAGUCAAAUCUCCUCUUAAGACAGACGAUAAACCGAAAGACGACACUACUCCCCUUAAGACAGAAGAGAAACCGCUAUCUCCUAUUGACGCAACAAAACCAACUCCCAAAGACUAUUCAGAUGAUGAGAGUGAUGAAGAAUUCGAUAUUCCAAAACCCGUUGAAAAGCCCAUUCAGCCCAUGCCAUCGGCAAUAACUCCUGUCAUUCCUGGAGUCAAAUCUCCUCUUAAGACAGACGAUAAACCGAAAGACGAUAAAACUCCCUUUAAGUCAGAAGAGAAACCAAAGUCUCCUAUUGACGCAACAAAACCAACUCCCAAAGACUAUUCAGAUGAUGAGAGUGAUGAAGAAUUCGUUAUUCCAAAACCCGUUGAAAAGCCCAUUCAGCCCAUUCCAUCGGCAAUAAGUCCUGUCAUUCCUGGAGUCAAAUCUCCUCUUAAGACAGACGAUAAACCGAAAGACGACACUACUCCCCUUAAGACAGAAGAGAAACCAAAGUCUCCUAUUGACGCAACAAAACCAACUCGCAAAGACUAUUCAGAUGAUGAGAGCGAAGAAGAAUUCGGUAUUCCAAAACCCGUUGAAAAGCCCAUUCAGCCCAUUCCAUCGGCAAUAACUCCUGUCAUUCCUGGAGUCAAAUCUCCUCUUAAGACAGACGAUAAACCGAAAGACGAUAAAACUCCCUUUAAGUCAGAAGAGAAACCAAAGUCUCCUAUUGACGCAACAAAACCAACUCGCAAAGACUAUUCAGAUGAUGAGAGCGAAGAAGAAUUCGGUAUUCCAAAACCCGUUGAAAAGCCCAUUCAGCCCAUUCCAUCGGCAAUAACUCCUGUCAUUCCUGGAGUCAAAUCUCCUCUUAAGACAGACGAUAAACCGAAAGACGAUAAAACUCCCCUUAAGUCAGAAGAGAAACCAAAGUCUCCUAUUGACGCAACAAAACCAACUCGCAAAGACUAUUCAGAUGAUGAGAGCGAAGAAGAAUUCGGUAUUCCAAAACCCGUUGAAAAGCCCAUUCAGCCCAUUCCAUCGGCAAUAACUCCUGUCAUUCCUGGAGUCAAAUCUCCUCUUAAGACAGACGAUAAACCGAAAGACGAUAAAACUCCCUUUAAGUCAGAAGAGAAACCAAAGUCUCCUAUUGACGCAACAAAACCAACUCCCAAAGACUAUUCAGAUGAUGAGAGUGAUGAAGAAUUCGGUAUUCCAAAACCCGUUGAAAAGCCCAUUCAGCCCAUUCCAUCGGCAAUAACUCCUGUCAUUCCUGGAGUCAAAUCUCCUCUUAAGACAGACGAUAAACCGAAAGACGAUAAAACUCCCCUUAAGUCAGAAGAGAAACCGAAAUCUCCUAUUGACGCAACAAAACAAACUCCCAAAGACUAUUUUGACGAUGAGAGUGAUGAAGAAUUUGUCAAUCCCAAGCCCCAAGAUAAGCCAGUAGAAUCUUUCAAAACAGACAUUAGUUCUACAACCACAGAUGUCACAACGACUAGUCAAGUGUUCGACACAAAGCAAACGCUUAUUACCAGCACAGUUACUGAACUAAGAGAAGAAAAAGCUCCAGUUAAGGCAGAAGAAAAACCCAAAUCACCUAUUCAUACAAUAAAAUCAAUUGCAAAAGACUAUUCAGAUGAUGAGAGUGAUGAAGAAUUCGAUAUUCCAAAACCCGUUGAAAAGCCCAUUCAGCCCAUGCCAUCGGCAAUAACUCCUGUCAUUCCUGGAGUCAAAUCUCCUCUUAAGACAGAAGAUAAACCGAAAGACGAUACAAUUCCCCUUAAGUCUGAAGAGAAACCGAAAUCUCCUAUUGAUGCAACAAAACCAACUCCCAAAGACUAUUCAGAUGAUGAGAGUGAUGAAGAAUUCGGUAUUCCAAAACCCGUUGAAAAGCCCAUUCAGCCCAUUCAGCCCAUUCCAUCGGCAAUAACUCCUGUCAUUCCUGGAGUCAAAUCUCCUCUUAAGACAGACGAUAAACCGAAAGACGACACUACUCCCCUUAAGUCAGAAGAGAAACCAAAGUCUCCUAUUGACGCAACAAAACCAACUCCCAAAGACUAUUCAGAUGAUGAGAGUGAUGAAGAAUUCGGUAUUCCAAAACCCGUUGAAAAGCCCAUUCAGCCCAUUCAGCCCAUUCCAUCGGCAAUAACUCCUGUCAUUCCUGGAGUCAAAUCUCCUCUUAAGACAGACGAUAAACCGAAAGACGACACUACUCCCCUUAAGACAGAAGAGAAACCGCUAUCUCCUAUUGACGCAACAAAACCAACUCCCAAAGACUAUUCAGAUGAUGAGAGUGAUGAAGAAUUCGAUAUUCCAAAACCCGUUGAAAAGCCCAUUCAGCCCAUGCCAUCGGCAAUAACUCCUGUCAUUCCUGGAGUCAAAUCUCCUCUUAAGACAGACGAUAAACCGAAAGACGAUAAAACUCCCUUUAAGUCAGAAGAGAAACCAAAGUCUCCUAUUGACGCAACAAAACCAACUCGCAAAGACUAUUCAGAUGAUGAGAGCGAAGAAGAAUUCGGUAUUCCAAAACCCGUUGAAAAGCCCAUUCAGCCCAUUCCAUCGGCAAUAACUCCUGUCAUUCCUGGAGUCAAAUCUCCUCUUAAGACAGACGAUAAACCGAAAGACGAUAAAACUCCCCUUAAGUCAGAAGAGAAACCAAAGUCUCCUAUUGACGCAACAAAACCAACUCGCAAAGACUAUUCAGAUGAUGAGAGCGAAGAAGAAUUCGGUAUUCCAAAACCCGUUGAAAAGCCCAUUCAGCCCAUUCCAUCGGCAAUAACUCCUGUCAUUCCUGGAGUCAAAUCUCCUCUUAAGACAGACGAUAAACCGAAAGACGAUAAAACUCCCUUUAAGUCAGAAGAGAAACCAAAGUCUCCUAUUGACGCAACAAAACCAACUCCCAAAGACUAUUCAGAUGAUGAGAGUGAUGAAGAAUUCGUUAUUCCAAAACCCGUUGAAAAGCCCAUUCAGCCCAUUCCAUCGGCAAUAAGUCCUGUCAUUCCUGGAGUCAAAUCUCCUCUUAAGACAGACGAUAAACCGAAAGACGACACUACUCCCCUUAAGACAGAAGAGAAACCAAAGUCUCCUAUUGACGCAACAAAACCAACUCGCAAAGACUAUUCAGAUGAUGAGAGUGAAGAAGAAUUCGGUAUUCCAAAACCCGUUGAAAAGCCCAUUCAGCCCAUUCCAUCGGCAAUAACUCCUGUCAUUCCUGGAGUCAAAUCUCCUCUUAAGACAGACGAUAAACCGAAAGACGACACUACUCCCCUUAAGACAGAAGAGAAACCAAAGUCUCCUAUUGACGCAACAAAACCAACUCGCAAAGACUAUUCAGAUGAUGAGAGUGAAGAAGAAUUCGGUAUUCCAAAACCCGUUGAAAAGCCCAUUCAGCCCACUCCAUCGGCAAUAACUCCUGUCAUUCCUGGAGUCAAAUCUCCUCUUAAGACAGACGAUAAACCGAAAGACGAUAAAACUCCCCUUAAGUCAGAAGAGAAACCGAAAUCUCCUAUUGACGCAACAAAACAAACUCCCAAAGACUAUUUUGACGAUGAGAGUGAUGAAGAAUUUGUCAAUCCCAAGCCCCAAGAUAAGCCAGUAGAAUCUUUCAAAACAGACAUUAGUUCUACAACCACAGAUGUCACAACGACUAGUCAAGUGUUCGACACAAAGCAAACGCUUAUUACCAGCACAGUUACUGAACUAAGAGAAGAAAAAGCUCCAGUUAAGGCAGAAGAAAAACCCAAAUCACCUAUUCAUACAAUAAAAUCAAUUGCAAAAGACUAUUCAGAUGAUGAGAGUGAUGAAGAAUUCGAUAUUCCAAAACCCGUUGAAAAGCCCAUUCAGCCCAUGCCAUCGGCAAUAACUCCUGUCAUUCCUGGAGUCAAAUCUCCUCUUAAGACAGAAGAUAAACCGAAAGACGAUACAAUUCCCCUUAAGUCUGAAGAGAAACCGAAAUCUCCUAUUGAUGCAACAAAACCAACUCCCAAAGACUAUUCAGAUGAUGAGAGUGAUGAAGAAUUCGGUAUUCCAAAACCCGUUGAAAAGCCCAUUCAGCCCAUUCAGCCCAUUCCAUCGGCAAUAACUCCUGUCAUUCCUGGAGUCAAAUCUCCUCUUAAGACAGACGAUAAACCGAAAGACGACACUACUCCCCUUAAGACAGAAGAGAAACCGCUAUCUCCUAUUGACGCAACAAAACCAACUCCCAAAGACUAUUCAGAUGAUGAGAGUGAUGAAGAAUUCGAUAUUCCAAAACCCGUUGAAAAGCCCAUUCAGCCCAUGCCAUCGGCAAUAACUCCUGUCAUUCCUGGAGUCAAAUCUCCUCUUAAGACAGACGAUAAACCGAAAGACGACACUAUUCCCCUUAAGACAGAAGAGAAACCGCUAUCUCCUAUUGACGCAACAAAACCAACUCGCAAAGACUAUUCAGAUGAUGAGAGUGAAGAAGAAUUCGGUAUUCCAAAACCCGUUGAAAAGCCCAUUCAGCCCAUUCCAUCGGCAAUAACUCCUGUCAUUCCUGGAGUCAAAUCUCCUCUUAAGACAGACGAUAAACCGAAAGACGAUAAAACUCCCCUUAAGUCAGAAGAGAAACCGAAAUCUCCUAUUGACGCAACAAAACAAACUCCCAAAGACUAUUUUGACGAUGAGAGUGAUGAAGAAUUUGUCAAUCCCAAGCCCCAAGAUAAGCCACUAGAAUCUUUCAAAACAGACAUUAGUUCUACAACCACAGAUGUCACAACGACUAGUCAAGUGUUCGACACAAAGCAAACGCUUAUUACCAGCACAGUUACUGAACUAAGAGAAGAAAAAGCUCCAGUUAAGGCAGACGAAAAACCCAAAUCACCUAUUCAUACAAUAAAAUCAAUUGCAAAAGACUAUUCAGAUGAUGAGAGUGAUGAAGAAUUCGAUAUUCCAAAACCCGUUGAAAAGCCCAUUCAGCCCAUGCCAUCGGCAAUAACUCCUGUCAUUCCUGGAGUCAAAUCUCCUCUUAAGACAGAAGAUAAACCGAAAGACGAUACAAUUCCCCUUAAGUCUGAAGAGAAACCGAAAUCUCCUAUUGAUGCAACAAAACCAACUCCCAAAGACUAUUCAGAUGAUGAGAGUGAUGAAGAAUUCGGUAUUCCAAAACCCGUUGAAAAGCCCAUUCAGCCCAUUCAGCCCAUUCCAUCGGCAAUAACUCCUGUCAUUCCUGGAGUCAAAUCUCCUCUUAAGACAGACGAUAAACCGAAAGACGACACUACUCCCCUUAAGACAGAAGAGAAACCGCUAUCUCCUAUUGACGCAACAAAACCAACUCCCAAAGACUAUUCAGAUGAUGAGAGUGAUGAAGAAUUCGAUAUUCCAAAACCCGUUGAAAAGCCCAUUCAGCCCAUGCCAUCGGCAAUAACUCCUGUCAUUCUUGGAGUCAAAUCUCCUCUUAAGACAGACGAUAAACCGAAAGACGACACUAUUCCCCUUAAGACAGAAGAGAAACCGCUAUCUCCUAUUGACGCAACAAAACCAACUCGCAAAGACUAUUCAGAUGAUGAGAGUGAAGAAGAAUUCGGUAUUCCAAAACCCGUUGAAAAGCCCAUUCAGCCCAUGCCAUCGGCAAUAACUCCUGUCAUUCCUGGAGUCAAAUCUCCUCUUAAGACAGACGAUAAACCGAAAGACGACACUACUCCCCUUAAGACAGAAGAGAAACCGCUAUCUCCUAUUGACGCAACAAAACCAACUCCCAAAGACUAUUCAGAUGAUGAGAGUGAUGAAGAAUUCGAUAUUCCAAAACCCGUUGAAAAGCCCAUUCAGCCCAUGCCAUCGGCAAUAACUCCUGUCAUUCCUGGAGUCAAAUCUCCUCUUAAGACAGAAGAUAAACCGAAAGACGAUACAAUUCCCCUUAAGUCUGAAGAGAAACCGAAAUCUCCUAUUGAUGCAACAAAACCAACUCCCAAAGACUAUUCAGAUGAUGAGAGUGAUGAAGAAUUCGGUAUUCCAAAACCCGUUGAAAAGCCCAUUCAGCCCAUUCAGCCCAUUCCAUCGGCAAUAACUCCUGUCAUUCCUGGAGUCAAAUCUCCUCUUAAGACAGACGAUAAACCGAAAGACGACACUACUCCCCUUAAGACAGAAGAGAAACCGCUAUCUCCUAUUGACGCAACAAAACCAACUCCCAAAGACUAUUCAGAUGAUGAGAGUGAUGAAGAAUUCGAUAUUCCAAAACCCGUUGAAAAGCCCAUUCAGCCCAUGCCAUCGGCAAUAACUCCUGUCAUUCCUGGAGUCAAAUCUCCUCUUAAGACAGACGAUAAACCGAAAGACGACACUACUCCCCUUAAGACAGAAGAGAAACCGCUAUCUCCUAUUGACGCAACAAAACCAACUCCCAAAGACUAUUCAGAUGAUGAGAGUGAUGAAGAAUUCGGUAUUCCAAAACCCGUUGAAAAGCCCAUUCAGCCCAUUCCAUCGGCAAUAACUCCUGUCAUUCCUGGAGUCAAAUCUCCUCCUAAGACAGACGAUAAACCAAAAGACGACACUACUCCCCUUAAGACAGAAGAGAAACCGCUAUCUCCUAUUGACGCAACAAAACCAACUCCCAAAGACUAUUCAGAUGAUGAGAGUGAUGAAGAAUUCGGUAUUCCAAAACCCGUUGAAAAGCCCAUUCAGCCCAUUCAGCCCAUUCCAUCGGCAAUAACUCCUGUCAUUCCUGGAGUCAAAUCUCCUCUUAAGACAGACGAUAAACCGAAAGACGACACUACUCCCCUUAAGACAGAAGAGAAACCGCUAUCUCCUAUUGACGCAACAAAACCAACUCCCAAAGACUAUUCAGAUGAUGAGAGUGAUGAAGAAUUCGAUAUUCCAAAACCCGUUGAAAAGCCCAUUCAGCCCAUGCCAUCGGCAAUAACUCCUGUCAUUCCUGGAGUCAAAUCUCCUCUUAAGACAGAAGAUAAACCGAAAGACGAUACAAUUCCCCUUAAGUCUGAAGAGAAACCGAAAUCUCCUAUUGAUGCAACAAAACCAACUCCCAAAGACUAUUCAGAUAAUGAGAGUGAUGAAGAAUUCGGUAUUCGAAAACCCGUUGAAAAGCCUCUUCAGCCCAUUCCAUCGGCAAUAACUCCUGUCAUUCCUGGAGUCAAAUCUCCUCUUAAGACAGACGAUAAACCGAAAGACGACACUACUCCCCUUAAGACAGAAGAGAAACCGCUAUCUCCUAUUGACGCAACAAAACCAACUCCCAAAGACUAUUCAGAUAAUAAGAGUGAUGAAGAAUUCGUUAUUCCGAAACCCGUUGAAAAGCCAAUUCAGCCCAUUCCAUCGGCAAUAACUCCUGUCAUUCCUGGAGUCAAAUCUCUUCCUAAGACAGACGAUAAACCGAAAGACGAUACAACUCCCUUUAAGUCAGAAGAGAAACCGAAAUCUCCUAUUGAUGCAACAAAACAAACUCCCAAAGACUAUUCAGAUAAUGAGAGUGAUGAAGAAUUCGUUAUUCCGAAACCCGUUGAAAAGCCAAUUCAGCCCAUUCCAUCGGCAAUAACUCCUGUCAUUCCUGGAGUCAAAUCUCUUCCUAAGACAGACGAUAAUUCGAAAGACGAUAAAACUCCCCUUAAGUCAGACGAGAAACCGAAAUCUCCUAUUGAUGCAUCAAAACAAACUCCCAAAGACUAUUCAGAUAAUGAGAGUGAUGAAGAAUUCGUUAUUCCGAAACCCGUUGAAAAGCCAAUUCAGCCCAUUCCAUCGGCAAUAACUCCUGUCAUUCCUGGAGUCAAAUCUCUUCCUAAGACAGACGAUAAACCGAAAGACGAUAAAGCUCCCCUUAAGUCAGAAGAGAAACCGAAAUCUCCUGAACUAAGAGAAGAAAAAGCUCCAGUUAAGGCAGAAGAAAAACCCAAAUCACCUAUUCAUACAAUAAAAUCAAUUGCAAAAGACUAUUCAGAUGAUGAGAGUGAUGAAGACUUCGAUAUUCCAAAACCCGUUGAAAAGCCUCUUCAGCCCAUUCCAUCGGCAAUAACUCCUGUCAUUCCUGGAGUCAAAUCUCCUCUUAAGACAGAAGAUAAACCGAAAGACGAUACAAUUCCCCUUAAGUCUGAAGAGAAACCGAAAUCUCCUAUUGAUGCAACAAAACCAGCUCUUAAAGACUAUUCAGAUAAUGAGAGUGAUGAAGAAUUCGUUAUUCCAAAACCCGUUGAAAAGCCAAUUCAGCCCAUUCCAUCGGCAAUAACUCCUGUCAUUCCUGGAGUCAAAUCUCCUCUUAAGACAGACGAUAAACCGAAAGACGAUACAACUCCCCUUAAGUCAGAAGAGAAACCAAAGUCUGCUAUUGACGCAACAAAACCAGCUCUUAAAGACUAUUCAGAUGAUGAGAGUGAUGAAGAAUUCGUUAUUCCGAAACCCGUUGAAAAGCCAAUUCAGCCCAUUCCAUCGGCAAUAACUCCUGUCAUUCCUGGAGUCAAAUCUCCUCCUAAGACAGACGAUAAACCAAAAGACGAUACAACUCCCCUUAAGUCUGAAGAGAAACCGAAAUCUCCUAUUGAUGCAACAAAACCAACUCCCAAAGACUAUUCAGAUAAUGAGAGUGAUGAAGAAUUCGGUAUUCGAAAACCCGUUGAAAAGCCUCUUCAGCCCAUUCCAUCGGCAAUAACUCCUGUCAUUCCUGGAGUCAAAUCUCCUCCUAAGACAGACGAUAAACCAAAAGACGAUACAACUCCCUUUAAGUCAGAAGAGAAACCGAAAUCUCCUAUUGAUGCAACAAAACAAACUCCCAAAGACUAUUCAGAUAAUGAGAGUGAUGAAGAAUUCGUUAUUCCGAAACCCGUUGAGAAGCCAAUUCAGCCCAUUCCAUCGGCAAUAACUCCUGUCAUUCCUGGAGACAAAUCUCCCCUUAAGACAGACGAUAAACCGAAAGACGAUACAACUCCCCUUAAAUCAGAAGAGAAACCAAAGUCUCCUAUUGACGCAACAAAUCCAACUCCCAAAGACUAUUCAGAUGAUGAGAGUGAUGAAGAAUUCGGUAUUCCAAAACCGGUUGAAAAGCCCAUUCCAUCGGCAAUAACUCCUGUCAUUCCUGGAGACAAAUCUCCCCUUAAGACAGACGAUAAACCGAAAGACGACACUACUCCCCUUAAGUCAGAAGAGAAACCAAAGUCUCCUAUUGAUGCAACAAAACAAACUCCCAAAGACUAUUCAGAUAAUGAGAGUGAUGAAGAAUUCGUUAUUCCGAAACCCGUUGAAAAGCCAAUUCAGCCCAUUCCAUCGGCAAUAACUCCUGUCAUUCCUGGAGUCAAAUCUCUUCCUAAGACAGACGAUAAUUCGAAAGACGAUAAAACUCCCCUUAAGUCAGACGAGAAACCGAAAUCUCCUAUUGAUGCAUCAAAACAAACUCCCAAAGACUAUUCAGAUAAUAAGAGUGAUGAAGAAUUCGUUAUUCCGAAACCCGUUGAAAAGCCCAUUCAGCCCAUGCCAUCGGCAAUAACUCCUGUCAUUCCUGGAGUCAAAUCUCCUCUUAAGACAGACGAUAAACCGAAAGACGAUACAAUUCCCCUUAAGUCUGAAGAGAAACCGAAAUCUCCUAUUGACGCAACAAAACAAACUCCCAAAGACUAUUUUGACGAUGAGAGUGAUGAAGAAUUUGUCAAUCCCAAGCCCCAAGAUAAGCCAGUAGAAUCUUUCAAAACAGACUUUAGUUCUACAACCACAGAUGUCACAACGACUAGUCAAGUGUUCGACACAAAGCAAACGCUUAUUACCAGCACAGUUACUGAACUAAGAGAAGAAAAAGCUCCACUUAAAGCAGAAGACAAACCCAAAUCUCCUAUUGACGCAACAAAACCAACUCCCAAAGACUAUUCAGAUGAUGAGAGUGAUGAAGAAUUUGUCAAUCCCAAGCCCCAAGAUAAGCCAGUAGAAUCUUUCAAAACAGACAUUAGUUCUACAACCACAGAUGUCACAACGACUAGUCAAGUGUUCGACACAAAGCAAACGCUUAUUACCAGCACAGUUACUGAACUAAGAGAAGAAAAAGCUCCAGUUAAAGCAGAAGACAAACCCAAAUCACCUAUUGAUACAAUAAAAUCAAUUGCCAAAGACUAUUCAGAUGAUGAGAGUGAUAAAGAAUUCGGUAUUCCAAAACCCGUUGAAAAGCCCAUUCAGCCCAUUCCAUCGGUAAUAACUCCUGUCAUUCCUGGAGACAAAUCUCCUCUUAAGACAGACGAUAAACCGAAAGACGACACUACUCCCCUUAAGUCAGAAGAGAAACCAAAGUCUCCUAUUGACGCAACAAAACCAACUCCCAAAGACUAUUCAGAUGAUGAGAGUGAUGAAGAAUUCGUUAUUCCGAAACCCGUUGAAAAGCCCAUUCAGCCCAUUCCAUCGACAAUAACUCCUGUCAUUCCUGGAGACAAAUCUCCUCUUAAGACAGACGAUAAACCAAAAGACGACACUACUCCCCUUAAGUCAGAAGAGAAACCAAAGUCUCCUAUUGACGCAACAAAACCAACUCCCAAAGACUAUUCAGAUGAUGAGAGUGAUGAAGAAUUCGGUAUUCCAAAACCCGUUGAAAAGCCCAUUCAGCCCAUUCCAUCGGCAAUAACUCCUGUCAUUCCUGGAGUCAAAUCUCCUCUUAAGACAGACGAUAAACCGAAAGACGACACUACUCCCCUUAAGUCAGAAGAGAAACCAAAGUCUCCUAUUGACGCAACAAAACCAACUCCCAAAGACUAUUCAGAUGAUGAGAGUGAUGAAGAAUUCGGUAUUCCAAAACCUGUUGAAAAGCCCAUUCCAUCGGCAAUAACUCCUGUCAUUCCUGGAGACAAAUCUCCUCUUAAGACAGAUGAUAAACCGAAAGACGACACUACUCCCCUAAAGUCAGAAGAGAAACCAAAGUCUCCUAUUGACGCAACAAAACCAACUCCCAAAGACUAUUCAGAUGAUGAGAGUGAUGAAGAAUUCGUUAUUCCGAAACCCGUUGAAAAGCCCAUUCAGCCCAUUCCAUCGACAAUAACUCCUGUCAUUCCUGGAGUCAAAUCUCCUCUUAAGACAGACGAUAAACCGAAAGACGAUAAAACUCCCCUUAAGUCAGAAGAGAAACCAAAGUCUCCUAUUGACGCAACAAAACCAACUCCCAAAGACUAUUCAGAUGAUGAGAGUGAUGAAGAAUUCGGUAUUCCAAAACCCGUUGAAAAGCCCAUUCAGCCCAUUCCAUCGGCAAUAACUCCUGUCAUUCCUGGAGUCAAAUCUCCUCUUAAGACAGACGAUAAACCGAAAGACGAUAAAACUCCCCUUAAGUCAGAAGAGAAACCGAAAUCUCCUAUUGACGCAACAAAACCAACUCCCAAAGACUAUUCAGAUGAUGAGAGUGAUGAAGAAUUCGUUAUUCCGAAACCCGUUGAAAAGCCCAUUCAGCCCAUUCCAUCGACAAUAACUCCUGUCAUUCCUGGAGUCAAAUCUCCUCUUAAGACAGAUGAUAAACCGAAAGACGACACUACUCCCCUAAAGUCAGAAGAGAAACCAAAGUCUCCUAUUGACGCAACAAAACCAACUCCCAAAGACUAUUCAGAUGAUGAGAGUGAUGAAGAAUUCGUUAUUCCGAAACCCGUUGAAAAGCCCAUUCAGCCCAUUCCAUCGACAAUAACUCCUGUCAUUCCUGGAGUCAAAUCUCCUCUUAAGACAGAUGAUAAACCGAAAGACGACACUACUCCCCUAAAGUCAGAAGAGAAACCAAAGUCUCCUAUUGACGCAACAAAACCAACUCCCAAAGACUAUUCAGAUGAUGAGAGUGAUGAAGAAUUCGUUAUUCCGAAACCCGUUGAAAAGCCCAUUCAGCCCAUUCCAUCGACAAUAACUCCUGUCAUUCCUGGAGUCAAAUCUCCUCUUAAGACAGAUGAUAAACCGAAAGACGACACUACUCCCCUAAAGUCAGAAGAGAAACCAAAGUCUCCUAUUGACGCAACAAAACCAACUCCCAAAGACUAUUCAGAUGAUGAGAGUGAUGAAGAAUUCGUUAUUCCGAAACCCGUUGAAAAGCCCAUUCAGCCCAUUCCAUCGACAAUAACUCCUGUCAUUCCUGGAGUCAAAUCUCCUCUUAAGACAGACGAUAAACCGAAAGACGAUAAAACUCCCCUUAAGUCAGAAGAGAAACCGAAACCUCCUAUUGACACAACAAAACCAACUCCCAAAGACUAUUCAGAUGAUGAGAGUGAUGAAGAAUUCGGUAUUCCAAAACCCGUUGAAAAGCCCAUUCAGCCCAUUCCAUCGGCAAUAACUCCUGUCAUUCCUGGAGUCAAAUCUCCUCUUAAGACAGACGAUAAACCGAAAGACGAUACAACUCCCCUUAAGUCAGAAGAGAAACCAAAGUCUGCUAUUGACGCAACAAAACCAACUCCCAAAGACUAUUCAGAUGAUGAGAGUGAUGAAGAAUUUGUCAAUCCCAAGCCCCAAGAUAAGCCAAUAGAAUCUUUCAAAACAGACUUUAGUUCUACAACCACAGAUGUCACAACGACUAGUCAAGUGUUCGACACAAAGCAAACGCUUAUUACCAGCACAGUUACUGAACUAAGAGAAGAAAAAGCUCCAGUUAAAGCAGAAGACAAACCCAAAUCACCUAUUGAUACAAUAAAAUCAAUUGCCAAAGACUAUUCAGAUGAUGAGAGUGAUAAAGAAUUCGGUAUUCCAAAACCCGUUGAAAAGCCCAUUCAGCCCAUUCCAUCGACAAUAACUCCUGUCAUUCCUGGAGACAAAUCUCCUCUUAAGACAGACGAUAAACCGAAAGACGACACUACUCCCCUUAAGUCAGAAGAGAAACCAAAGUCUCCUAUUGACGCAACAAAACCAACUCCCAAAGACUAUUCAGAUGAUGAGAGUGAUGAAGAAUUCGGUAUUCCAAAACCCGUUGAAAAGCCCAUUCAGCCCAAUCCAUCGGCAAUAACUCCUGUCAUUCCUGGAGUCAAAUCUCCUCUUAAGACAGACGAUAAACCGAAAGACGACACUACUCCCCUUAAGUCAGAAGAGAAACCAAAGUCUCCUAUUGACGCAACAAAACCAACUCCCAAAGACUAUUCAGAUGAUGAGAGUGAUGAAGAAUUCGGUAUUCCAAAACCCGUUGAAAAGCCCAUUCAGCCCAUUCCAUCGGCAAUAACUCCUGUCAUUCCUGGAGUCAAAUCUCCUCUUAAGACAGACGAUAAACCGAAAGACGACACUACUCCCCUUAAGUCAGAAGAGAAACCGAAAUCUCCUAUUGACACAACAAAACCAACUCCCAAAGACUAUUCAGAUGAUGAGAGUGAUGAAGAAUUCGGUAUUCCAAAACCCGUUGAAAAGCCCAUUCAGCCCAUUCCAUCGGCAAUAACUCCUGUCAUUCCUGGAGUCAAAUCUCCUCUUAAGACAGACGAUAAACCGAAAGACGAUACAACUCCCCUUAAGUCAGAAGAGAAACCAAAGUCUGCUAUUGACGCAACAAAACCAACUCCCAAAGACUAUUCAGAUGAUGAGAGUGAUGAAGAAUUUGUCAAUCCCAAGCCCCAAGAUAAGCCAAUAGAAUCUUUCAAAACAGACUUUAGUUCUACAACCACAGAUGUCACAACGACUAGUCAAGUGUUCGACACAAAGCAAACGCUUAUUACCAGCACAGUUACUGAACUAAGAGAAGAAAAAGCUCCAGUUAAAGCAGAAGACAAACCCAAAUCACCUAUUGAUACAAUAAAAUCAAUUGCCAAAGACUAUUCAGAUGAUGAGAGUGAUAAAGAAUUCGGUAUUCCAAAACCCGUUGAAAAGCCCAUUCAGCCCAUUCCAUCGACAAUAACUCCUGUCAUUCCUGGAGACAAAUCUCCUCUUAAGACAGACGAUAAACCGAAAGACGACACUACUCCCCUUAAGUCAGAAGAGAAACCAAAGUCUCCUAUUGACGCAACAAAACCAACUCCCAAAGACUAUUCAGAUGAUGAGAGUGAUGAAGAAUUCGGUAUUCCAAAACCCGUUGAAAAGCCCAUUCAGCCCAAUCCAUCGGCAAUAACUCCUGUCAUUCCUGGAGUCAAAUCUCCUCUUAAGACAGACGAUAAACCGAAAGACGACACUACUCCCCUUAAGUCAGAAGAGAAACCAAAGUCUCCUAUUGACGCAACAAAACCAACUCCCAAAGACUAUUCAGAUGAUGAGAGUGAUGAAGAAUUCGGUAUUCCAAAACCCGUUGAAAAGCCCAUUCAGCCCAUUCCAUCGGCAAUAACUCCUGUCAUUCCUGGAGUCAAAUCUCCUCUUAAGACAGACGAUAAACCGAAAGACGACACUACUCCCCUUAAGUCAGAAGAGAAACCAAAGUCUCCUAUUGACGCAACAAAACCAACUCCCAAAGACUAUUCAGAUGAUGAGAGUGAUGAAGAAUUCGGUAUUCCAAAACCUGUUGAAAAGCCCAUUCCAUCGGCAAUAACUCAUGUCAUUCCUGGAGACAAAUCUCCUCUUAAGACAGAUGAUAAACCGAAAGACGACACUACUCCCCUAAAGUCAGAAGAGACACCAAAGUCUCCUAUUGACGCAACAAAACCAACUCCCAAAGACUAUUCAGAUGAUGAGAGUGAUGAAGAAUUCGUUAUUCCGAAACCCGUUGAAAAGCCCAUUCAGCCCAUUCCAUCGACAAUAACUCCUGUCAUUCCUGGAGACAAAUCUCCUCUUAAGACAGACGAUAAACCGAAAGACGAUAAAACUCCCCUUAAGUCAGAAGAGAAACCGCUAUCUCCUAUUGACGCAACAAAACCAACUCCCAAAGACUAUUCAGAUGAUGAGAGUGAUGAAGAAUUCGGUAUUCCAAAACCCGUUGAAAAGCCCAUUCAGCCCAUUCCAUCGGCAAUAACUCCUGUCAUUCCUGGAGUCAAAUCUCCUCUUAAGACAGACGAUAAACCGAAAGACAAUACAACUCCCCUUAAGUCAGAAGAGAAACCAAAGUCUGCUAUUGACGCAACAAAACCAACUCCCAAAGACUAUUCAGAUGAUGAGAGUGAUGAAGAAUUUGUCAAUCCCAAGCCCCAAGAUAAGCCAGUAGAAUCUUUCAAAACAGACUUUAGUUCUACAACCACAGAUGUCACAACGACUAGUCAAGUGUUCGACACAAAGCAAACGCUUAUUACCAGCACAGUUACUGAACUAAGAGAAGAAAAAGCUCCAGUUAAAGCAGAAGACAAACCCAAAUCACCUAUUGAUACAAUAAAAUCAAUUGCCAAAGACUAUUCAGAUGAUGAGAGUGAUGAAGAAUUCGGUAUUCCAAAACCCGUUGAAAAGCCCAUUCAGCCCAUUCCAUCGGCAAUAACUCCUGUCAUUCCUGGAGUCAAAUCUCCUCUUAAGACAGACGAUAAACCGAAAGACGAUACAACUCCCCUUAAGUCAGAAGAGAAACCAAAGUCUGCUAUUGACGCAACAAAACCAACUCCCAAAGACUAUUCAGAUGAUGAGAGUGAUGAAGAAUUUGUCAAUCCCAAGCCCCAAGAUAAGCCAGUAGAAUCUUUCAAAACAGACUUUAGUUCUACAACCACAGAUGUCACAACGACUAGUCAAGUGUUCGACACAAAGCAAACGCUUAUUACCAGCACAGUUACUGAACUAAGAGAAGAAAAAGCUCCAGUUAAAGCAGAAGACAAACCCAAAUCACCUAUUGAUACAAUAAAAUCAAUUGCCAAAGACUAUUCAGAUGAUGAGAGUGAUAAAGAAUUCGGUAUUCCAAAACCCGUUGAAAAGCCCAUUCAGCCCAUUCCAUCGGUAAUAACUCCUGUCAUUCCUGGAGACAAAUCUCCUCUUAAGACAGACGAUAAACCGAAAGACGACACUACUCCCCUUAAGUCAGAAGAGAAACCAAAGUCUCCUAUUGACGCAACAAAACCAACUCCCAAAGACUAUUCAGAUGAUGAGAGUGAUGAAGAAUUCGGUAUUCCAAAACCCGUUGAAAAGCCCAUUCAGCCCAUUCCAUCGGCAAUAACUCCUGUCAUUCCUGGAGUCAAAUCUCCUCUUAAGACAGACGAUAAACCGAAAGACGAUACAACUCCCCUUAAGUCAGAAGAGAAACCAAAGUCUGCUAUUGACGCAACAAAACCAACUCCCAAAGACUAUUCAGAUGAUGAGAGUGAUGAAGAAUUUGUCAAUCCCAAGCCCCAAGAUAAGCCAGUAGAAUCUUUCAAAACAGACUUUAGUUCUACAACCACAGAUGUCCCAACGACUAGUCAAGUGUUCGACACAAAGCAAACGCUUAUUACCAGCACAGUUACUGAACUAAGAGAAGAAAAAGCUCCACUUAAAGCAGAAGACAAACCCAAAUCACCUAUUGAUACAAUAAAAUCAAUUGCCAAAGACUAUUCAGAUGAUGAGAGUGAUAAAGAAUUCGGUAUUCCAAAACCCGUUGAAAAGCCCAUUCAGCCCAUUCCAUCGACAAUAACUCCUGUCAUUCCUGGAGACAAAUCUCCUCUUAAGACAGACGAUAAACCGAAAGACGACACUACUCCCCUUAAGUCAGAAGAGAAACCAAAGUCUGCUAUUGACGCAACAAAACCAACUCCCAAAGACUAUUCAGAUGAUGAGAGUGAUGAAGAAUUCGGUAUUCCAAAACCCGUUGAAAAGCCCAUUCAGCCCAUUCCAUCGGCAAUAACUCCUGUCAUUCCUGGAGUCAAAUCUCCUCUUAAGACAGACGAUAAACCGAAAGACGAUACAACUCCCCUUAAGUCAGAAGAGAAACCAAAGUCUGCUAUUGACGCAACAAAACCAACUCCCAAAGACUAUUCAGAUGAUGAGAGUGAUGAAGAAUUUGUCAAUCCCAAGCCCCAAGAUAAGCCAGUAGAAUCUUUCAAAACAGACUUUAGUUCUACAACCACAGAUGUCACAACGACUAGUCAAGUGUUCGACACAAAGCAAACGCUUAUUACCAGCACAGUUACUGAACUAAGAGAAGAAAAAGCUCCAGUUAAAGCAGAAGACAAACCCAAAUCACCUAUUGAUACAAUAAAAUCAAUUGCCAAAGACUAUUCAGAUGAUGAGAGUGAUAAAGAAUUCGGUAUUCCAAAACCCGUUGAAAAGCCCAUUCAGCCCAUUCCAUCGGUAAUAACUCCUGUCAUUCCUGGAGACAAAUCUCCUCUUAAGACAGACGAUAAACCGAAAGACGACACUACUCCCCUUAAGUCAGAAGAGAAACCAAAGUCUCCUAUUGACGCAACAAAACCAACUCCCAAAGACUAUUCAGAUGAUGAGAGUGAUGAAGAAUUCGUUAUUCCGAAACCCGUUGAAAAGCCCAUUCAGCCCAUUCCAUCGGCAAUAACUCCUGUCAUUCCUGGAGUCAAAUCUCCUCUUAAGACAGACGAUAAACCGAAAGACGAUACAACUCCCCUUAAGUCAGAAGAGAAACCAAAGUCUGCUAUUGACGCAACAAAACCAACUCCCAAAGACUAUUCAGAUGAUGAGAGUGAUGAAGAAUUUGUCAAUCCCAAGCCCCAAGAUAAGCCAGUAGAAUCUUUCAAAACAGACUUUAGUUCUACAACCACAGAUGUCACAACGACUAGUCAAGUGUUCGACACAAAGCAAACGCUUAUUACCAGCACAGUUACUGAACUAAGAGAAGAAAAAGCUCCAGUUAAAGCAGAAGACAAACCCAAAUCACCUAUUGAUACAAUAAAAUCAAUUGCCAAAGACUAUUCAGAUGAUGAGAGUGAUAAAGAAUUCGGUAUUCCAAAACCCGUUGAAAAGCCCAUUCAGCCCAUUCCAUCGGUAAUAACUCCUGUCAUUCCUGGAGACAAAUCUCCUCUUAAGACAGACGAUAAACCGAAAGACGAUACAACUCCCCUUAAGUCAGAAGAGAAACCAAAGUCUGCUAUUGACGCAACAAAACCAACUCCCAAAGACUAUUCAGAUGAUGAGAGUGAUGAAGAAUUUGUCAAUCCCAAGCCCCAAGAUAAGCCAGUAGAAUCUUUCAAAACAGACUUUAGUUCUACAACCACAGAUGUCACAACGACUAGUCAAGUGUUCGACACAAAGCAAACGCUUAUUACCAGCACAGUUACUGAACUAAGAGAAGAAAAAGCUCCAGUUAAAGCAGAAGACAAACCCAAAUCACCUAUUGAUACAAUAAAAUCAAUUGCCAAAGACUAUUCAGAUGAUGAGAGUGAUAAAGAAUUCGGUAUUCCAAAACCCGCUGAAAAGCCCAUUCAGCCCAUUCCAUCGGCAAUAACUCCUGUCAUUCCUGGAGACAAAUCUCCUCUUAAGACAGAUGAUAAACCGAAAGACGACACUACUCCCCUAAAGUCAGAAGAGAAACCGAAAUCUCCUAUUGACGCAACAAAACCAACUCCUAAAGUCUAUUUAGUUGAUGAGAGUGAUGAAGAAUUUGUCAAUCCCAAGCCCCAAGAUAAGCCAGUAGAAUCCUUCAAAACAGACAUUAGUUCUACAACCACAGAUGUCACAACGACUAGUCAAGUGUUCGACACAAAGCAAACGCUUAUUACCAGCACAGUUACUGAACUAAGAGAAGAAAAAGCUCCAGUUAAGGCAGAAGAAAAACCCAAAUCACCUAUUCAUACAAUAAAAUCAAUUGCCAAAGACUAUUCAGAUGAUGAGAGUGAUGAAGACUUCGGUAUCCCAAAACCCGUUGAAAAGCCCAUUCAGCCCAUUCCAGCGGCAAUAACUCCUGUCAUUCCUGGAGUCAAAUCUCCUCUUAAGACAGACGAUAAACCGAAAGACGAUACAACUUCCCUUAAGUCAGAAGAGAAACCGAAAUCUUCUAUUGACGCAACAAAACCAUCUCCCAAAGACUAUUCAGAUGAUGAGAGUGAUAUAGAAUGUGUGAUUCCCAAGCCCCAAGAUAAGCCAGUAGAUCCUUUCAGAGCAGACAUCAGCUCUACAACCACAAUUAGUACUGUCAAAUCAACAAGCCAAGUGCUAGACACAAAGCAAACGCUUAUUACCAGCACAGUUACUGAACUAAGAGAAGAAAAAGAUCCAGUUAAAGCAGAAGACAAACCCAAAUCACCUAUUGAUACAAUAAAAUCAAUUGCCAAAGACUAUUCAGAUGAUGAGAGUGAUGAAGACUUCGGUAUCCCAAAACCCGUUGAAAAGCCCAUUCAGCCCAUUCCAGCGGCAAUAACUCCUGUCAUUCCUGGAGUCAAAUCUCCUCUUAAGACAGACGAUAAACCGAAAGACGAUACAACUUCCCUUAAGUCAGAAGAGAAACCGAAAUCUUCUAUUGACGCAACAAAACCAUCUCCCAAAGACUAUUCAGAUGAUGAGAGUGAUAUAGAAUGUGUGAUUCCCAAGCCCCAAGAUAAGCCAGUAGAUCCUUUCAGAGCAGACAUCAGCUCUACAACCACAAUUAGUACUGUCAAAUCAACAAGCCAAGUGCUAGACACAAAGCAAACGCUUAUUACCAGCACAGUUACUGAACUAAGAGAAGAAAAAGAUCCAGUUAAAGCAGAAGACAAACCCAAAUCACCUAUUGAUACAAUAAAAUCAAUUGCCAAAGACUAUUCAGAUGAUGAGAGUGAUGAAGAAUUCGGUGUUGCAAAACACAUUGAAAAACCCAUUCAGCCGAUUCCAUUGCUAGUAACUCCUGUCAUUCCUGGGGAUAUGUCAUUGCUUAAAUCACACGAAAAGCAAAACGAGAAUGAUGAAAAGCUGAUGUCCAGUAUUGUCACAGACAUACCAAUCAUGAAGAACUGUGAAGGUGUGAAGGUCGAUGCUGAAUUUGGGGUUUCUGAUGAUAACAGGUCAGUACAACAAAUUGUUGAAGACACUUUAAGGGAAGGUGAUGCAGAGGUACAGAAAAUUGUAGAUCAAACGCUUAGGAAUGUGCAAUUGCAUAAACGACUCCACCCUUCCGAUCAAGAAGCAAUGAAUGUAGAUAAUCGUACUGUGGAGCAAAUUGUGGAGGAAACACUAAAGGCUGCUAAUAUUGAGUUUAAUGAAUCCAAAGAAAAAAUCGAACAUUCCACAGGUGUAGACGAUAAAGUGCUAGGUAAGUCGACAGAAGAUGUAAGCUUAAGGGAAGUGCGGCCUAUAGCCUACUUUGUAAAUUUAGAUGAAGAGCAAAAGAUAUCAAGUACUCUGAAGAAAGAAAGUGUUAUUACCCAGACUAAAUUGACAAAAAAAGCAGAUUCGUCUUUAAAAAGUAAGCCGAGAAAAGAAGUAAGUUUAAGGUCUAGGAGUUUGGUAACGAGGAAGACCCAAGCUAAGACCGAUGAUAAGAUAAAGAGUAAGAACUUCAUUGAGAGGCCAGGAAUCCGACACGAUUUCGAGGACAAGUCAAAGAAACAAAUCGACACGCUAUCUAGGCCUAAGACAGCCGUUAAAAAAGCAUUAUCGGCAAAGCAAAGAGUACCAACUAAACCUGAGUCUAGACGAUCAGUGACUAGUUCAACUUCAACAACUACAAGCUCUGUGUCUGCCGCUAGUCGAGUAAUAAGUGAAAUUCAUUUCGAACGAUCAUCUAGUCCAGCUUCAAGUUCUAUAUUUUACGAGAGUCAUCCACAAGGCGAGAACAGUAGAUCCACUACUCCGAGGCCGAGAGUCAAGACAGAUGUCACGCAAAUACCUUAUAAUACCUCAAUUAGAUCGUUUAGUCCCCCAAUUAAAACUAAACACGUAGCUCAGGCAACGACCAAGUCGACAACAAAAAAACAAUUAAAAACGGUUAGCUUACGUUCCAAUAAAGAGAUUAUGGGAAAAAGUGUUACAAAAACUGAAAGUGUAGCCACUCAUAGGUAUAUGCAGCCGACGUUAGCUCACAGCAUGCGGUUCGGUCUCAAUGCUGAUGGUGAGAGUCGUAGUGUUACGCCGGCACCACCGAAAUCGCCAGCACCACCCAAAUCGCCUGCACCACAGCACACUAAAAAUACAUAUAAAUCCCAAAAUACGACAAGUGCCUUGACAAAAACCACAUCUAAGAAAUUGACCAGUGAGAGAAUUCAACCCCAGUCCCAGCCACAGCCCUUUGCUCUUAAUAAGAAAAGUUCGCAAAGUGAGAGUAGAGAAUCAAUGAAUAGCACGGAACGGUUAUAUAAACGACAAACAUCCAAAGAGAAUAAAUUAACUAACGUGAUAGGUUCGAAGAGCCAAACAACUAAAAGCAUGAAGACACAAUCAGCUAAUAUAAAUAAAACCAUUGCCUACAGGACUUCCAUAGAAACUGACAACAACAAGCAGGCGAUAGCAUUGAAAAAGAAAACAAUAGCUAGCAUACAGCGUACUAAAGUUCCAAUUAGCGCAUCUUCCAUAGCCCGGACUGCAACUAAGCCAAUGGGUAAAAGUGAUGAAACCGUUACGAAACCUCAGGUAGACAAUAAGAAAAUAGUUAGGCGUACAGUAAGUAAACCGACCGAAACGACCCCCAAACGAACAGCGCGCAGUUCCAUAGAGCCGAAACUUGAAAAACAGAUGAAAGAUACAAUGAAUGAGUCAAGUUCAACGAGUGCCAGCGGCUCAUCGAACAGCACACGGCGAAGUGUACGUUCAGUUACAGUCAGUCGUAAGACUGAUAAGGAUAUGACCAAUUUUAAGCUGUCGUCAAAAAAAGAGAAGGCCCCAGCAUCUACAUCCACAUCGACAUCGACAUCGACAGUGCGUGUGCAUAGAGAGCCAAUAGCGACAACAAGUGCUGUUAGCACUGUACACAUUGACGACGACUGCGAGGUGAUAACCAUACGUUCCAUAAAAUCAAGUGAUAGUACAAAAAGCUCUACCUCAUCAUCCUCCGGUAGCGGCAGCAAUAGUCGCAAGGUCCUUACCAGCGAGGUGUUCACCAAGACCUUUGGACCAGAUAGACCUUUGGAAGUUGUAUACCGUCAGCCCGAAUUUGAUGUUGAGCAUACGACCAUGGUAGUGCGCCCGCCAUCAACAUGCGACCAACAACGCUGCGUUAACGAAUUUGAUGUAAGCUUCAUCGAUACCACCGAUUCCAGUCUCUCCGAUUCGGUUGCCCUGCCAAUGUUUGGCACUACCGAUCCAGAGCGUCUACUGGCCGCCAGUCCUGGUUCCCCCAAGCCAACACGUAGCCCCCUAGCCCUGAUCGAGGAGACGCUCCGUCGCCAGCAACAGCACCAGCAGCAUCAACACCUUCAUCAACAUCAGCACCAGCAUCAGCAGCAUCAUCACUACCAACACACUACUAGCAUGGUCAUACCUGGAGUUACUCUAGACACUUCGCUGCAAAUGCAUCAUGUGGCAAGUGAAAGCAUUGUGCAACAGGAAACUGAGGUGGAGAAGAGCAGCACAGUGAAAGAAACCAUUGAAGAAAAAACAAUUGACUCGUCCAUACUGGAUAUUAAAAAGAUCUCACAAGGUGAUGUUAAAGUUGUUGGUGAAGGUGAAGAUGAUAAUGCUGUUGCGGUUGCAGUUGCAGAUGAUAUUGAUAAUGAUAAUGAUAAUAAAAAUGAAGCAGAUCUUGUUGCACGAAUUCGAGAGGAAGCCACUGUCCUUGUUGAUCGUGUACUCGAAGAGAGUGUCGAAAUACUUGGCCAACGACCCAAUGGUCAUGAGUCUGCUAAACAAGAAUAUAAUUCAGAAAGUGAAAAUUAUGCCAUUACAUGUGAUGAUAUUGGCGGUGUGGAUGUCAUUAAAUCACCGACCAUUGAAUCAAUGUCGGGCAAAUCAUUUGAUGAUAAUAUAAGUUUCACCGAUGAGCACAUACAUUUACCCUUGCAUGUCCAAAAUACACCAAUUGCGACAACAGGCAUACAAUUCCAAGAGCAGCAACAGGUCCAGCUCCAGCCUCAACCUCAGCCCCAGCCACAGCCACAACCACUUUUCCAUGUUGCUACCGCAACUUCAUCAACGUCAAAAGUGUCUAGUGUAGAUGAUGACAAAUUGGUGAUGCGAUCUAGACGCAUCGAUCAUAAAAUUGAGAAACUUGUUGCUGAUGUGGAUGUUGAUGUCGAUGUCAGUGUUCAAUUUGAUGAGGCAUUCGAAACGGCUGUACAGGAGGACGAAAUUAGCAUCUUACAGGGUGAAUUUUCGAAGCUAAGUUGGGAUGAUAGUGUGUCGCCCACAACAAAUACAAUGGCCGAUAUGGCGCAGAAUCAAAUAACGCCCGAUAAUGACAUGCAAAUGCAAGAAUUAAUUUCAGAAACAGGCGGCGAUAUACCCAUCUCAAACGAAACCACUCCCGUACCGCCAUUGGCUGUUGUAGCAACCACAACCACAACAGAUACAGCAGCUAAGUCGGUGGUAGAUACCACUACUAGUAUAAUCACGACCACGACCACCAGCCACGACACACCCACACCAAAACCUCGCGUACUCAAAGCAAGCUCCCCCGCUUCCGAAGAUACCGAUAGCACAACCAUUCCAAGUCAAGAGCAAAAACCCGAUAUACCAAUUGAUAUAAGCAUUGAUGCAGCCGUACCAGUUCCAAAGCCACGUGCCCCCAUCAAGCAUACGGAACAGGUUGAAAACCUAGCCGCCCUUGGUGAACAAUCAGAUAGCGUUAGUCUGCGUAGUUUUGAUUUUACAGAGGAGCUCUCCAAGACAGAUGAACCAUCCACAGAGUUGUCCAUCCGUUCGCAAUUGCGAGAUUUAGUCACUACAACAGCUACGACCAAUACGACAACAACUGCCUCAGAGGAUCACACGGAGAGUUUUGAGCCGACAAGCGAAAUAUCCGUUGAUGAUGCUGAUACCGAGAAAUCGGAGGGAGCAGAAAAAACUACUAGCUUUUAUAUUGGGGAAUCAAGUCGAAAUGUCAUUACCAAGACCACAACAAAGUCGGCCAGUAUAACGCCACAGGAGGAAGAGGCUCCUGGCGAAUUGAGCUUUGAUGCCAAAGAUAUAUCACUGAUGAAGGAAGUCUCAGUUGACUCUGAUGAAGCUAAUGACGUUUUUAAAGAGUUUGUAACAAUGAAACGCGACGAUCCUGCUGCAUUGGAUAAUAAGAUAGUUAGACAGGGCUCCGAAACAAGAAACGACCUUCUCGAGUUGGAGAAUGCUGACAAAGAGAAGUCUGGCGAGCCAAAACUUUCGAAAGUAACGACAGAGGAAAGUCUUACAACAUCAACUGGAUCCAGCGGAAAGGCUGUCAUUGAGAUAGCACCAUCCAGUAGUGAAGAUCCUGAUGAGUCAAGCAAGGAAAUUCCCGAGAUUGUGAAUACGAUUGCCGAAAAGGUAAUGUCAACUGAUAAAUUUGAGUUGCCCUUGGAAAAGAGUGAGUGGGAAACAUCAGAGAAAGAUAUACCCACAGUUGGCAAGCCAAAGGUAGUUCAUUCACCACAACAACAUGAAGCAACAAAUGUGAAGAGUAAUAUUGAUGAGACUAUAGCCAGUGAUUCUCUUUCCAAAAUUCAUGAAGUAGUUUUAAGUGAAAAAAUAGAAGAAUCGAUCAAAUCUGUAGAAUUGCCAUUAAAUUUUGAAUUAAAUGCUUCAAUACCACCCCAAACAUUCCACGCAGGCGCCGACAGUGAAGAUAUAUCAUCAUUUAUUGGUAUACCUGAUCUACAAGCAUCCUCAAUUGAUAGUACACAGCCUCCAGAGGGCUUGUUCGAUACAACAAUUAAAGAGACUCUUAACAAACAAGCUGCCAUGGCGCAUUAUGCUCAAGAUGUGUUCAGUCGAGUGGAGUCAAAACGUGAUGAACAUGGUUCUCUGGGAUUUGUCUCAACCGGAACGGCAGAAGAUCUAAGUUCAAUGGAGGAGCACAUGGCUCAGCAGGAAGAGCAAGCAUCUCUGGGAUUUAUUUCCACAGAGACAGCCGAGGAUUUCAGCUCUAUGGAGGACUAUUAUACAGAAAAGCUAGCAACAGCUAGUGUAGUGGCUGAGGAGUUAGCUGCCGAUAAAUCCACUAUAUCCUCAACGAGUGCUUUAGAGGAGGUUGUCUCAGAUCAAUCAAUCAGACCUGUGGAUGUAGUAGUUCAUAGACUGCAAACGGAAUCUUUAACAGAUUCCACUAAUCGUUGGUCUAUACCCGAUGUUGAUACGUCUAGCUCGAGCGAUAGCUACCACAAGAGUUUCGACAAAACGCAGAGUCGACCCUUAUCAUCGGAUAUAGAGAACCUGCUAUCGGCCACCGGUGGAACUGGCACUUCGAGUGAAUAUCAAACGGCUCGGGAUUUUACGUCAACAUGCCGCGAGGGUACCGAAUAUAUAAGUGCUGUUAGCACUCUUGGCAGUAGCAGUGGUAAAAGUCUUAGCUCGCACGAGAGCAUGCGCAGUUUGGACUCGCAGUCAGAGACUUCUGCCAAUUUGGCAAGUAUCGAUGUUUCAGAGCUAUCGGAGACACUGGUAGCAUCUUCAACGGAAGCUGAUGCAUUGGAAGCUGAAGAACUUGCUCAUUUACGUGACUUGCGCGCCGAUGAUGACGAUAGCGAUGAGAGUCAGGAUCUAACCGGUGUAGUAUAUCCGAUAACCGAGCAACAGAGCCUAAUGAAACGAUCCCAGGAGAUGAUUUUCAAACCUAAACCGAUCACCGAGGAGCCAACAGUUGAGACAGUCACCAUUGAAGAGUAUCCCAAGCCCAAAGAAUCUGAACGGACCUGGGGAUUGGCCUAUCCCAUAGAGGAUAGUAAGGCCGAUAGUCCGCGAGAAAGCGACAAAGGUGAGGACAUAUUAUUGUAUCAUGGUGAUGCUAGGCGAUCGAUUGAUGAAUCAAAGCUAGCCUCUAGUCUGGAUGAAGGCAGCGUACUCUCUGUCAGUAUGUCCAGUACAUCAAACAUUGAUACAGUUGUGGAGAACUUUGAUGAUAUGAUCGGAUCGGCUGGUUCAUCUUCACUAACUGGGAUAGAAGGUUUUCAAUAUGGUCACGAUGAUCCCAUUCCAGGCGCAUCAUUACCAGAAGAUGCUACUUUUAUGCUCGAACUGGAAAGCAAAGAGCAUUCGCCUCAAGAUUCAAAUGCCAGCACACCACCAAGUGGCGAGUCAAAGAGACGCGGUCACAGACGAAGUGAAAGUACAUCCAUUUCCGGCGAUGCGCUCAAAAAUCUAGAUAAGGAGGUGGCAUUACUGGGCGAGGGCAAGGAAUCGGAAAGUGAAUCCGACACAGAUCCCUAUGAAUCGGAGUAUGCUCGUCAAUUCCGUUCGCCAAAGGAGCGUAAGAGUAAAAAAAAGAAACAAGCCGCAGCUGAAAUGGAUCACAGCAGCGAGUUAGAGAAACGGCCAUUUACCCCUUCCCAAUUAGUGGCGGAGGUUAUUGUUGAGGAUAGUGCUACCGAAGAACUUGAAGCUGAAGCUCUGCUAGAAGAACGCCGCCCAUCGCAAAAUAUGCAAGAUUAUUCAAAUAUACCAGACAUUAUGGUAACCGAAGAUGUAAAAUCACCGAUUUUGGAGGAAGAUGCCGAUGAAUUUCCCGAAAAGGUCCUCUAUAAAGUUCGAACUGAGGAGGAGCUGCAUAAGGCUAGCGAUACUGCCCUCUAUCAAAAAGCUCUGGCUGAGGAAAAGGAACAAGACUUUCAGCGACGCGUACAAGAGCAAUACAAACAAAAACUAGAGGAACUUAAGCGUGCUGAAGUUGGUGCCGACUACGAUGAUCAUCGAGCUCCCGAUUCUCCGGACUCAUUUGAAAUGGUCGAACAACCCGAUAUCUCUGAUGAAUUCGUCAUCAUUGAGGAAGUAGCCAAGGAGGCCAAUGAAGUUGAUUUGGGUGGCAAGAGCAUGAAGAUAAAACCCACGAAAUUCGAACAAAAGCAUGACGAAGAUGUGGAGAAAAUUAUCAUUAAAUCGGCGCCAGCGGAUCCCAAACUUGGAUCACAGCUCUAUAAGGAUGAUUUAAAUUUUGAAUUUGAGGAGAGCCCACCAACGGGAGCAAGUAGCAGCAGUGAGCAACAGGAGGAGAGCGAUUCAAGUGAUACAGCAGCAGCGAAUAAACGCUGGGUCGAGAUGCAGUUAACGGAUAAUCAGUUACGUUAUCCUUAUGAUCUAACCGGAGCCGUACUCGAGGAUAUUAAGGAAGAGGAUGGCGAAUUUGAAGUGGGCAGUAGUCGCAUUAGCAGCUUUAAGGAUUCAUUCUCAAGCACUCCCGAAUACGAUGUGUUAGCCGCAAGGCGAUAUCACUCACGGGGCGAACACGACGAUGUAUCCAUGAGUAGUCUGCAGGAGUUUGAAUCUCUAGAGCAAGCUAUUUCCCUGGAAAAUCGAAAUCGUACACACCAAGGUUCCACAGACUCGAGCAAUGGAAGUUUUACACGUCGCUAUGUCGUCCGUCAUAGUGGAAGCGGCACAGCUCCAGGUGACGAUGUAUCCAUAUCCAGUUUGAAGGAAUUCGAGGGCCUGGAAAAUGCCUGCAUUGAGGCGCAUCUUAUUGAAAUCAAAGCCAAGGAAGAAGCUGCGCUUUUAUCCCGCUCCGACGAGUCUAACAAAUCAAAUGGCAGCGAUAAAGGUGCUGCCGGUAGCAAUAUAAUGGUUACCAAAGUCACCCGCACAGUAACACGCACCGAGGUCGUGCCAACGGGUCAGGCCGAGACCAUUGAGGCACUGUUUAAGCAAAAGCUUGAACGCGACGAUAGUGAUACCAAGGCCGGUGGUAAUUCCGCUAAAAUUAGCGAAUUAUCCGCCAUUGAACCAGAUUCAAAAUCAAAGAUUGAUAGUCUAGACUCCGAAAAGGAUAGUAUCGAUAGCAUGGAGAUAAGUAAAAGUCACGACAUGAUGACAAGUAGCAUUGAAAGUUUCGAUAUAUCGAAGGAUGCCACUACACGAUCUGAUAUUGACUCGCUGGAAAUUGAUAAACGACACUCACGGCAAGAGAGCAUUGAGUCCUUUGGCGAUGAGCAACUGGAUCUAAUGUCCAAGUUCGUCAGCAGCGGAGGUGUAACAUUGGGUGAUGGUCUAACGACCACAACCACAACCACAACGACCAGCACGGAUGCUGAUGGACAUGAGCACACGGUUACGCGUGUGAUAACCACCACGACGGUGAGCGGAGGUGUACAAGAGAUGCCCUUAGACGAGAGCGGCAUGUCAAAAGAUAUUUCGGUAGACUCGUUAAAUCUAUGCAUUGAGCAAACCACCAGUUCGGCUGGCACAACGGCAACGUAUCAAACUAGUGCGGGUAAUUCACAAAUGUCUGGCAGUGUGACCAGCUGUGCUUCUAGUACGCUCAUGGAGGACUCUUUUCCUGGUGUGGGUGCUAUGUCGUCAUCGCAAAUGUCGGCCAGUUUCUGGUCGCACGAUGAGUCGACGGUGGUAGAGGAUGAUGCAGAUCAAAGGGUGCAACAACAGCAACAACAACAACAACAACAACAGCAACAGCGUAAAUAAAGCGCUAACAAACAAAACUUUUAAGAAAUUUCGGGUCUUGAACAGUGACACAAAAAUUAUUUGGCUAG